AUGAACCGACAACAACAACAACAACAGCAACAACAACAGAUUACCACCACCACCACCUCCUCGUUGUCAAACACGGGACAGAGGAGCGUGAACCGUACCGAACAACAUGUCACGAGACAAAUAACGCAGACCACACAGAGACAAGUUCACGAAGGGUUUAUUGUACAGCAGUCUACUCCAAAAUUUGGAAAUGACGCUGCUCCGCCAGUAUUUGAACAGAUUUUCAAAAAUGCCAGAUUCGCUCAGGGCGGAAAUGCCGUUUUUGAAGGAAAGGUUACCGGUAUUCCAAAACCUUUUGUCUCAUGGACCAGGAAAGGCGCUCCACUAUUGGAGUCAAACAAAUACAAGAUGACGUAUGAUCAACAAACAGGGAAUGUUGUUCUUACGAUCAAUCAAAUCGGUCCAGGAGAUGAAGGCGAAUACACAUGUUCGGCGCGCAAUCAAUACGGAGAAGCAAUUUGUUCUGUUUUCAUUCAACCAGAAGGUCAUACAGUUCAAAUACCUCAAGGCACGUAUGGUUCGCAGCGAGUGCAACAGACACAGAAUACGCUGUAUACAAACAAUUAUUCAAACAUCGACGAAGAUUUCAAAGUCGAUACUUUCGAAUAUCGUUUACUUCGUGAAGUGUCCUUCAGGCAGUCCGUCACCAAAAGGUAUCUGGGUGAAGAGGACGUCAAGUUUACAAGCAGCGCACACCAAGGCCCGGUCGUAGCACCUCAAGUGCUCCAGAAACCGCGUAACUCAAAAUUAGUAGAAGGAUCGAACGCUACUUUUACUGUAAAAGUGUCAACAGCUAAGGAUACUAGGUUGACUUGGUUUAAGAACGGCCAGAGACUCGUAAACGGACCAAAACACCAGAUCAAUUUCACUAAUCAAGUCGCUACACUUUCCAUACCACAAGUUUGUUGUGAGGAUUCUGGACAUUACACUCUGCUUGUAGAAAACCCACAAGGCUGUGUAGUAUCUUCUGCAUAUCUUGCCAUAGAACCGACGUCGAUAGCAUAUGACAGAACAGAAGACAAGGAGAAUGUAAUAACUAAGACUCACAACAAACUCGAGUCGAUAGAAGUGGUUGAGGGCAAGAUGUUAGCACCAAACUUUGUGCGUGUAUGUGGAGAUCGUGACGUGACCGAAGGGAAAUUGACACGUUUCGAUGUUCGCGUCACGGGCAAACCGUAUCCCGAAGUCUCGUGGUAUAUAAAUGGUCAGCAAAUUAAGGACGACGCAACGCACAAGAUACUGGUUAACGAAUCUGGUGACCACGGUUUGAUGAUAACUAACGUGUCCCAAGCCGACGCAGGUCAAGUGGUUUGUGUUGCAAGAAGUAAAUCUGGAGAAACUUCUUUCCAAUGUAAUUUGGGAGUUGUUGAAAAAGAACUUGUCGUUUCUCCUAAGUUUGUACAACGUUUUACACCUUUAAAUAUAAACGAAGGAGAAACAGUUACGCUGAGUGUCAGAGCUGUUGGAACCCCAGUACCAAGAAUAACAUGGCAAAAAGAUGGCGUAAACAUCAGCGAACAACCAGGAAUGGUAUCUGUAUGGACCGAAGGUGGUGGUUCAGUAUUAGAAAUAGCAAGAGCUUCUACAACAGACGCAGGUUGGUAUCAAUGUACAGCUCAAAACACAGCUGGAUCGACCGCCACACGGGCUCGACUAAAUAUUAUAAGGAAGCCUCGCCCUGAAGAUUUUUCAGAAGACCGACGUCUUAGGUUGCCAAAACCAACACGAGUAAUCGAACCUGAGCCUGAGCCAGAACCAGAAGUUGUUUUUCUAAAACAUGUCGAGAGGGCAAAAUACCAUACUCCUCGACCGGAAGAAGACAAGAUUUAUCCACCUCCAAGGUUCAUUGUUCCGCUUGCGAACAUAUCUCAACAGGAAGAUGGUCGAAUUCAUUUUGAGGCUAGAAUUGAACCCAUUGGAGAUCCAACCAUGGUGGCUGAGUGGUUUGUAAAUGGUUAUCCAUUACAAGCAAGUUCUAGAGCUAUGACUUUACUAAAUUAUGGUUUCAUAGCUUUGGAUUUGUUGGGCAUUAUAUCAGAUGAUGCUGGAGAAUACACAUGUAGAGUAACUAGUAGCUCGGGAACAGCUCAAUCUUCUGCUGUUCUCAAAGUUGAAGGGAAAGAUGAAAUUGAUAAAUCAAGUCAAUAUCCAGACAGUUUAAAAUAUAUUGAACAAUUGGAAGAUUAUUCCAAAUAUCAAAGAAGUGAUAGUUACGAUGAAGUUCAGCCAUUACCACCCACUUUAGUUAAAUCAUUACAUGAUAUGGGUAAUUUACAAGAAGGUAGAAAUGCACAUUUCGAAGCUCAGCUUAAUCCAGUCAGUGAUCCAACAAUGAAAGUAGAGUGGUAUAAAGAUGGAAAACCUAUUACAGCAAGUUCGAGAAUAACAACAAUAUUUAAUUUUGGUUACGUAUCGUUGAAUAUUAUGCAUCUUCGUGCAGAAGACAGCGGAGAAUAUACUUUAAGAGCAAUAAACCGAUGGGGAGAAAUUAUCAGCACAUCAACAUUAAAUGUUAUUGCUCAUAGCAGUAUUACAGGGGAUUUAGGCUACCCAGAACAGCAGAGGUAUAUUGAUCAAACUGAGGCUUUAGAACAAUCUUACCUACAACAAAAAAAUCAGGAAUAUAAAAUAAGUGCACCAGAAAGUGUUGCACCACCACAAUUUAAAACACCAAUUAAAGAUCAACAAAACAUUAAAGAAGGCGGUUUCGCUCAUUUUGAAGCAAGAUUAGAACCAUUAGGAGACUCGACACUUCAAGUAGAAUGGUUAAAGGAUGGUAAACCAGUUGAAGCUAGUUCAAGAAUGACUGUAUUCUUCAACUUUGGAUAUGUUGCAUUAACAAUAAAAUAUGUAACUGUCUUUGAUAUCGGAACAUAUACUUGCAGAGCUUAUAAUAAUUUAGGAGAUGCUUCGACAUCUGCUACAUUGACUGUGCUAACUAGAAAAGAUGUAGUACAAGAUAGCCAACACCCUGGAGGUCUUGAACGAUUCCAAUAUUUGGAAGAUUCAAGAAAGAAUAAACGAAAGGCAGAAGAAGAAACAGUUGUUACACAAAAACCUAGAUUCCUUGGACCAUUAAAAGGAACAAAUAAAAUUGCUGAAGGGCAAAGAGCUCAUUUUGAAGUACGAGUAGAACCUCAAAAUGAUGUGACCAUGAAGAUUGAAUGGUAUUUCAAUGGAAGAGUAAUAAUGAGCGCUAAUAGAAUUCAAACAUAUCAUGAUUUUGGUUAUGUGGCUUUGGAUAUUCUUGGUGUAAGAGCCGAAGAUAGUGGUACAUAUGUAGUUGUUGCAAGGAAUGCAUUAGGAGAGGCUCAGCUGUCAUCAACAAUGCAAGUUGAAGUUCGUUCAAAUAUUGAUACAUCUACUAUGCAUCGUGGAGUUGUAGAAAAAGCUCCUUAUCUUGAAUCUAAAAAAUUCACUGAACCUCAGUAUGAUAUUGAGGAAAUUUCUAAGUCGAGACCUAUAUUUAUACAACCAUUAAGCGACCCUGCACCAUUGAAUGAGGGUAAAAAUGUUCAUUUGGAAUGCCGUCUUGAGCCUAUGGGUGAUCCUACAAUGAGAGUCGAAUGGUUCCAAAAUGGAAAACCUGUAACUGUUGGUUCAAGGUUCCGUACGUAUUAUGAUUUUGGAUAUGUUGCUUUGGAUAUCAUACAUGUCACAUCGAUCGACUCUGGUGAAUACACUGUGAGAGCUACAAACCAUUUAGGAUCAGCUCAUACAUCUGCAUGUGUCAAUGUAUUAUGCCGAUCAGAUAUUUUAACUGAAAGUCAAAAUGAGUAUGCAUUAGAGCAGAUACAAAUGCUUAGAAGAUGCUUCCAGAUAUCAAAAAAUGACAACCGAAGAAGAAAAUUAAAACCGGUUGGAGAUCCAACUAUGAAAAUCGAUUGGCUGGUCAACGGACGUCCAGUAAAAACAGGACAUAGGUUCCGCCCUGCCUAUGAUUUUGAUUAUGUAGCAUUGGAUUUAUUAAGUGUAUAUCCUGAAGAUUCUGGAGUGUAUACUUGCCAAGCUAGAAAUGAAAUGGGGGAAGCUGUUACCUCCAGCUCAGUGAAAGUGAUUGCUAAACAGAAUUUAAUAUUAGAUUCACAACAUCCACAUGGUCUGGAAAAAAUACAAUAUCUAGAAGAUUCAGCGAGAUACAAAAAGGCUGAAAUGAUUGAAGAGUCUGUUAAAAUAAAACCUCGUUUUUUGUCCAAACCAAAGAAUGUGGAGAAUUUAAAAGAAGGACAGCAUGCUCAUUUUGAAUGUAAAUUAGAACCAGUCACUGAUUCUAACCUAGAAGUCCAGUGGUUUAAAAAUGGAAAACCAAUUAUUAUUGGCCAUCGCUUUAGACCCAUCCAUGAUUUCGGGUAUGUGGCCUUAGAUAUCAUAGAUGUCAUUGAAGAAGACAGUGGAACUUAUACUUGCCGGGCUGUUAAUUUACUUGGCGUCGAUGAAACAAAUGUUCAUCUAACCUGCAGAAGUUCGUCAGGUAUUGUAACAGAUACUCAAAACGAAAUGGGUCUUGAACAAAUUCAGUAUCUUGAAGAAAAAUCUAGGUACAACCGAAGAGAAGAUAUUGAAGAAACAACCACUCAGGCUCCAAUUUUCACUACUUCGUUGAAGCAUUGCGAUAUUAAAGAAGGCCAACGAGCUCAUUUUGAAUGUAGAUUAAUUCCAGUAUCUGAUAAUACCAUGAAAGUUGAAUGGUUCCAUAAUAAUGUCCCAAUUAAAUUUGGAUCUCGAUUUACUGAAACUAAUAACUUUGGAUUUGUUGCAUUGGAUAUUCUUCAAUGUUUGCCUGAAGAUUCUGGCACAUAUACAUGCCGUGCAACUAAUUGGCUAGGACAGUCUAUUACAUCAGGAAAUCUCAAUGUUCAAUCGAGAAAGUCAAUUUAUUUGGAAUCUCAACACGAAGAUGCAUUAGAGGAUGCAGUAACACAAGCUCCAGUAUUUACUCAACCUAUGAGAGAUAGUACAUUGAUUGAAAGUCAGCCUGCUCAUUUUGAAGCAAGAUUAAUACCAGUGGGUGACGACAAAUUAAAAGUAGAAUGGUUAAGAAAUGGAAUUCCUAUUCAAGCAUCUAAUCGUGUAUCAACAAUGCAUGAUUUUGGUUACGUCGCUCUUAAUCUUAAAUAUGACAAGCAGUCACCUCUAGCCACACUGAAUGUGCAUUCUAAAGCUUCUCUUCAAUUGGAAAGUCAACACGAAGCAGCAUUAGAUAAAUUAAGACAGCUUGAAGAUUCUAACAGAUACAAGCGUACAGAACAAAAAGAAGUAGAAGUUACUGAGGCACCUAAGUUUAUUGUGCCAUUAAAUGGAACUGAAAGUUUAAUUGAAGGUCAAAGUGCUCAUUAUGAAUGUCGUAUAGAGCCUUAUCCUGAUCAUACGCUGCAAUUAGAAUGGUUACACAAUGGAAAACCAUUACAAACAGGACAUAGAUUUAGAACAACUUAUGAUUUUGGUUUUGCGUCAUUAGAUGUUUUAUCUGCUUUACCAGAAGAUUCGGGAGAAUAUACUUGCAGGGCAAUUAAUAAACUUGGUAGGGCCGAGUCAUCAGUUAAGCUAGGAGUUCAAUCUCGAGCAUCAAUUAUUAGUGAUACUCAACACCAAGGAGCUUUGAACAAAAUACAGUAUCUGGAAGACGACUCUAGAUUUAAAAGAGCAGCUGCUGAAGACGUUUUAAUGACAGAGAAACCACAAUUUGGCCGACCUCUUAAGAACAUAGAACAUCUUCCAGAGGGGCGUAGUGUACAUCUUGAAGCUACCUUAAUUCCAGUUAAUGACCCAACUAUGAAGGUUGAGUGGUAUAGAAACGGAAUACCAAUUCCUCAAGGCCACAGAUUUAAGACAGUUUAUGAUUUUGGAUUUGUUGCUUUGGAUGUACUUUAUGCUUAUCCUGAAGAUUCAGGUACAUACAUGUGCAAAGCCAAAAAUGCUGCCGGAGAAGCAGUUACGACUUGCAUUGUAACAGUCGAUUCUAAAUCUGGUCUUCAGUUAGACACUUUGGAUGAAGAUAGAUUGAAAAAGAUUAAACAACUUGAAGCUUAUGAAAGACCUACAGCUCAAGAAGCUGUAUUUGAACUUCAAAAACCAGUAUUCCUUACACCUCUUAAUAGCCUUGAAUUAUUGAAAGAAGGAGAACAUGCUCAUUUAGAAACUCGAAUUGAACCAAUUAAUGAUGCUGAUUUGAAAAUAGAAUGGUUCGUUAAUGGAGUUGCAAUCAAAACAGGUCAUCGUUUUAAGACUACACAUGAUUUUGGAUAUGUUGCAUUGGAUAUUUUGUAUGCAUAUGCUGAAGAUUCUGGCACUUACAUGUGUAAAGCCACCAAUAAAAAAGGAGAAGCAGUAAAUACCUGUCAAAUAAAUGUUGCCUCUCGUAGAAGUAUCUACUUAGAAACGCAGCAUCCUGAUGGUUUAGAAAAGAUUCGUGAACUUGAAGCGCAAGGACGCCCAGCAAAACUUGAAAUCAAUGAGCCUCCGCCAACAGCACCAACAUUAACCGAUCUAUGGGGCACUACUGAGGUAGCUGAAGGAAAAACAGCCCACUUUGAGUGUCAAGUAAAACCUGUCCACGAUUCUAAAUUGAAAGUUGAAUUCUUCCAUAAUGACAAACCCCUCGGAUCUGCUUCUCGUUUCCAUACUACAUAUGACUUUGGUUACAUAUCUUUAGAUAUUGGCCAUGUUGUUCCUGAAGAUGCUGGAAAGUACACUGUUAAAGCUACCAAUGAAUUGGGUCAAGCUACUUCAAAUAUUAAUUUAUUAGUUCAAGGAGGUGGAAGUAUAAUUUUGGACUCUCAAAGACCUGAAGGAUUAGAAAAAAUAAAAGAGUUAGAAAUGGCUGUACCUUUCAAACGUGCAGAUUAUUCAGAACCUAUAUCAAAACAAAGGCCAAUGUUCACACAACCUUUACAAAAUAUUGACAGCAUAAAUGAAGGACAAACAGCUCACUUUGAAUGUCGUCUUAUCCCAAUUGGUGAUUCGUCGAUGACUGUCGAAUGGUUUAGAAAUGAAAAACCAUUAGAAACAAGUUCAAGGAUUACAAAAACAUAUGACUUUGGUUAUAUAUCUUUAGAUAUUUCUCAUGUAAGAGAUGAAGAUAAUGGGGUAUAUAGUUGUAAAGCAACAAAUGCUCUUGGUGAGGCGGUUUCAACAGCCUCUAUGAGAGUUAGAACAAAAUCUGAUAUUCAGUUGGAGAGUCAACAUCCAGAAGGUCUUAAAAAAAUUGUUGAAUUAGAACGUGGUCAAGAGCCGUUGAAGAGAGAGGAGGCAGAGAGAUUAUAUGAGAAACCGAUUUUCACACAACUUCUUACAGGCCCUUCAGAGCUUAUUGAGGGUCAACAUGCUCAUUUUGAGUGUAGAGUUGUACCAGUAGGUGAUCCAACAUUACGUUUUGAAUGGUAUGUUAAUGGAGUCGAAUUAAAAAUGGGUUCAAGAUUCCAAGUAACAAAUGAUUUUGGCUUUGUUACAUUGGACAUCAGCUCAACUGUCGCAGAAGAUUCUGGAGUUUAUACAUGCAAAGCAAUUAACAGGGCUGGAGAAGCUGUUUCUUCCACUUCAAUGAAAAUAAAACAUCGCUCAUCAAUUAUUCAUGAACCAAUACAACCUGAUGCAUGGGAAAAAAUCCAGCUUAAAGAAGCAGAAAUGAAUAAAGUUCCUGAAAUGUUUAUUGACACAAGACCACAACAAGCACCUGUUUUUACGUCACAUUUGCAAAAUCAAGACCAUCUAGCUGAAGGCCAGCAUGUUCAUUUAGAAGCUCAAGUAGAACCUAGAGCAGAUCCUAAUCUUCGAAUUGAAUGGUUCAAAAAUGGAGUCGCUUUAACCACUGGUUCAAGAAUACGCAGCACUUUUGAUUUUGGUUUGGUCACAUUAGCAAUAAAUAGUUUGAGACCAGAUGAUUCAGCUAUCUAUACAUGCAAAGCAUCAAACCUUUUGGGUGAAGCUGUUUCAACUUGUACAUUAAAAAUAUCUGAUAGCCAUUGGUUAUUAAGUAACACUUUACACCCCGAAUCACUAUCAAAAAUUGAAGAUUUGGAAAAACCACAUGCUGGACAAGUUGAAGGCCCAGAACCAGUUUUUGAAAGUCCUGUUUUCAUUUCUCAUCUCAAUAACUGGGAAUGUAAAGAAGGAAGUGAUGUUCAUUUUGAAUGUCAAGUAGAACCUUCCAAAGAUCCAACUUUGAAAAUUGAUUGGUUUGUAAAUGGAAAACCACUUCAAAGUGCAGCACGAUUCAAGUCUGCCUAUGAUUUUGGUUUUGUGACAUUAGAUAUACAUCAUGCCUACUCAGAAGAUUCUGGGAUAUAUACUUGCAAAGCUAGUAAUAGUAAAGGUCAAGCUGUAACAACUGGAACAUUAAAAUGUACAGGUCUCCAAGGCAUUCAUUUAGACACACAACAUCCACAAGGCAAAACUGGAUUAGAAAAGGUACAAAAAGUAGAAGAUAAUUUAGCUUCUAAAUAUCAACGUCAAGCAUCUUUGCCUGAUGCUGCUUUCCCAAAACCAAUAUUUGUUGUACCCCUUGAAGCUGAAUUCAUAUUAGCCGAAAGUAAACCACUGCAUUUGGAGGCUCAAGUUGAACCCAAGAAUGACCCCAAUCUCAAAAUUGAAUGGUACUUUAAUGGAAAAGUACUUGAUUUAGGAUCACGUUUUAAGACAAAUAAUGAUUUUGGUUUUAUAAGUUUGGAUUUAACUGAUGUGUAUGAACGAGAUCAAGGAGUUUAUACCUGCAAAGCAUAUAACCAUUCUGGAGAAACAUAUACAUCAACAACUGUGUAUUGCAGUAGCAACAAAGGAUUAAUUGAACAUACUCAACACCCGAAAGGAGAAGAAGGCUUGGAAAAAAUUCAAAGCUUAGAAGAAUCUCUACAAAGGCAAAAACAAGGAAUUACGGAUAAAGAGACUGGGCAUGCACCUGUUUUCACUUCACAAUUCAAAGACCUUGGUUUCUUAAGUGAAGGUGAAAUUGCUCAUUAUGAAGCUUCAUUAACACCUGUUGGUGAUCAGAAAAUGGUUGUUGAAUGGUUCUACAAUGGAAAUGCCAUCGAAGCUAGUCACCGUAUUCGUACAAUUUAUGCAUUUGGAAUGGUUGUUCUUGAAAUUCUUGGUACUAAAAUAGCUGAUACAGGAACAUACACUUGUAAAGCAACAAAUGAUUAUGGAUCUGCAGAGAUGAGUGUGACACUAGAAUGUGUAGAAAGAAUAACUGGUCAAAAACCAAAAUUCACAUCCCAAAUUCAGACUCUUGUUGGCUUAAAGGAUGGAGAUUCUGCACAUUUUGAAUGCACAUUAAUACCUGUCAAUGACCCAGAUUUAAAAGUAGAAUGGUUCCACAAUGGUCAACCGUUAUUACACAAAAAUCGCGUUAAAAUGAUUUCCGAUUUUGGAUUUGUUGUCAUGGAUAUAGCAUAUAUACAGAAUCACGAUUCUGGAGAAUAUGUGUGUAAAGCAAGCAAUAAGUAUGGUGAAGAUAUAACUAAAGCCACUAUCCAAUACUCUGGAAAAGGUGGUGUGUAUUUAGAUUCACUGCAACCUACUUCCUUAGCUAGAAUUCGUGAGUUAGAAAACGCAACAGGUCAACCAAGUGGAUUUGCAUCAUCUCCGGUAUUAGAAGCUCCUAAAUUCACAACUCAAUUGGUUGACAUAACAAAUUUGAAAGAAGGGCAAAGUGCUCACUUUGAAGCUCGAGUUACACCAGUGAACGAUCCAAAUCUUGUUGUUGAAUGGUAUUUCAACGGUGAAAAGCUACAACAUGGUCAUAGGUUUAGAACAUUCCAUGAUUUUGGUAUAGUAAUAUUGGAUAUACUGUAUUGCUAUGAAGAGAAUUCUGGAGUAUAUGAGUGUAGAGCAUUCAAUAAAGCAGGAACUGAUACUACUAAGGCAAAUCUUCGUUGUUCCUCCAAAACCAAUUUAAUCUUAGAUUCUCAACUGCCUCGUGGAAUGGAAGGAGGAUUAGAAAAAAUACAAACUCUUGAAGAUUUAACUCUCAGAGUUAAAGAUGAAAGAGUAUCUGUGGAAAAUCGCCAAGCUCCAAUGUUUACUGAACCAUUAUCCAAUAUUGAUAGUCUACGAGAAGGUGAAAGUGCACAUUUUGAAGGUCGCCUGACACCUGUUGAUGAUCCUAACUUAAAGGUGGAAUGGUUCUGGAAUGGAAAACCAUUAAAAGCUGGUUCUAGAUUUAGGACUUUCUGUGAGUUUGGUUUCGUUAUAUUGGAAAUAUCCCCAGUAUAUCCCGAAGAUUCUGGAGAAUAUUCAUGCCGAGCUUCCAAUCAUUAUGGUGAAGCUGUCACUACAGCCAGCAUGAAAGUUCAAGGAAAGAGAAGUAUCAUAUUUGAAUCACAGCUUCCAAAAGGAAUGGACACUACUAUUGAUAGAAUUGCAGAGCUUGAAGGUCUUGGAAAAUCAAGGGCAACUAUUGAAACUGAAGAUGAACUGGGAAGAGCACCAGAAUUUAUUACAACUCCAGCUGAUCUUAGUUUGUCAGAAAAUUCAUUGGCUCAUUUUGAAUGCAGGCUUGUACCAUCCAAUGAUGCAAGCAUGACAGUUACUUGGUUCCAUAAUGGCAAAGUAUUAUCGGCCGGAUCACGUAUAAAAACAAUCAAUGAUUUUGGAUUUGUUAUCCUUGAAGUAGCUGGUGUUUAUAUUAGAGAUUCUGGUCUAUAUACUUGCAAGGCUACCAAUAAACAUGGAGAAGCAACAGUAUCAUGUAAGUUACAAGUAAAAGGCCGGCAAGGUAUAGUUUUAGAACCUCAAUUGCCUAAUACAUUCAGAUCUGGUACAAAAAGUAUUCAAAAACUCGAAGAGAAUAUGUAUAAAAAGGAAGAAAUAUUGGCUGAAGAUGAAAAACCAAAUCCUCCUAGGUUUACUGUAGAAUUGAAGGAUGCAUUGGAUGUUCAAGAAGCCAAAUCCGUACAUUUUGAAUGUAGAGUAGAACCCGUUAAUGAUUCUACAUUACGGAUCGAUUGGUUUUUCAAUGGAAAACCUUUCGCCACUGGCUCACGUGUACAUGUUAUAAAUGAUUUUGGAUUUAUAUCUUUGGAUAUGGACUAUGUUUACUCUCGAGAUUCUGGCGAAUAUAUAUGUCGUGCAACAAACAAAUGGGGAACUGCCUUCACUAAAGCAAAAUUAACUUGCACUGCCAAACAAAAUGUCAUAUUAGAAUCACAAUUGCCAGAUGGAAUGAGUGGAGAAAAGUUAAAAGCUUUAGAGCAAGGACCUGUACAAGAAAAAAAAAUUCAUGAUGAGAUAGAAGCAAUGCCACCAAAAUUCUUAGCUCAGAUUGAGUCAACAACUGUCGAAGAAGCAAGUUCGGUGCAUUUUGAAACUAGAGUCGAGCCUAAAAAUGAUCCAAAAUUAAGAGUAGAGUGGUACAGAAAUGGGAAACCAUUACCUUCUGGCCAUAGAUACAAAUCUAUAUUUGAUUUGGGUUUUGUAUCUUUGGAUAUACUUUCUAUGUACUCUGAAGACUCAGGAGAGUACAUUUGUAGAGCUGUAAAUGAUCACGGUGAAGCUAUUACCAAAGCUAUGGUCACAUGCAAACAGCUCCCAACAAUAUUACUUCAAAAUCAAGUACCAAAAGGUAUGAAAAAGUCAGAGGCUUUGACUCAAAUGGAAGCAGCUAUUAAAAAAUACACAUCUGAGAUUCAUUUAACCAUAGAUGAUUUGUAUGAAGUUGAGAAGAAACAACCACCAAGGUUUGUCACCCAAAUUAAAGAUCAGUUGUCGUUAGUUGAAAUGGAAUCAACCAAAUUCGAAUGUCAAUUAGCUCCAGUUGGUGAUCCUAAUAUGAAGGUUGAGUGGUUCUUAAAUGGCCAACCACUAAGACACAAGAAUAGAUUUAAUCCAAUUUAUGAUUUUGGUUACGUUGCAAUGAAUUUCGGUUGGAUAUAUCCUGAAGACAGUGGAGAAUAUGUUUGUAGGGCUACUAAUUUAUAUGGCCAAGAUGAAACCAGAGCCACUAUAAAAACCUCUGGUAAGCCAGGUAUCAUUUAUGAUUCACAGCUUCCUAAAGGAAUGAAGAGUAUUGAAAAAAUAAGAGAAAUGGAAGCAUCAUGGCAAGUAACACCCGAAAUGAAAGAAGAAGAAGAAAAACGUAGAGAACCGCCACAAUUUGUAAGCAAACCAGAACCUGUCACUAUAUGUGAAGGUGAUUGGGCUAGAUUCUGUUGUAGAGUCACUGGUUUCCCGAGACCAAGAGUUAUGUGGCUAGUCAAUGGAAACACUGUAGUCAAUGGAAUGAGAUACAAAUUAAAUUAUGAUGGAAUGUGGCAUCUUGACAUACCAAAGACAAGACAAUAUGACCAUGGUAAAGUUGAAGUUAUUGCUAGAAAUGCAUGUGGAGAGACUCGUGUGGAAACAAUGCUCACAGUGAAUUCAAGACACGAUGAUUACAGAGGAGUUUUGAAAAACUCACCUAGACCAUGGUACGACAGUGAUUUGGUGCAGUAUCAAAGGGAUCUGAAAGAGAAUGAACUAGAAAAAGUGUUUACUGAUAGAGCAUCAAAUGUUCAAAAUGUUGAUUAUAGUAAUAUGAUUAUAUCAACGGUCGGUGUUCAGAUGAAACAAAAACAAUUAAAUGAGUCAAAACCCGAAUGGACUGAAGCUGUAAAACAAAAGAAAAAUGAAGAUUAUUAUAGUAAAUUGAGUAAAUUGGAAGGAGAUCAAGUGGUAAAAGAGGCCAGAAUCAGAGAAGCUAGUCAUCAAGUAUCAUUAGCAGGCGAGAAGUUGAAAACUACUUCCAAAAAUAUGUCUUCAAAUUACGAAGAAUCGUUAGAAAAAGAUAAAAAAGAAGAAUUAAUGCCUUGGCAAAAAACAAAGUUACUUAAAGCACGGGGUGAUCAAAGUCCACAAAUAAUACCUGAUCCGUCUGAGUCUUCGGUGCAUGGAAAAGAAAUUCACGUAGCAAAACAGCAACAGACACAAAAAGAAAUACAAGGCGACAAAGAAAUACGCAGAAAAAUUACUGCUACCGAAACGACUGAAGUAGAACACACACGCAAAAACCAAGAAAGGGUAGUCCAAGGAAAAGUUGAACCUUCCAAACCGCCAAUAUUUACAACCAAAAUUCAACCCUGUCGUGCAUUCGAACAGGACCAAGCGCGUUUCGAGGUCGAAUUCGAUGGCGAACCAUUACCAACGAUCAAAUGGUACCGAGAAGACUUUUUAAUACAAAACUCACCAGACUUCCAAAUACACACGUUUAGUACGAAGUCCAUACUAGUUAUUAGACAAGUAUUUAUGGAAGAUUCUGGCGUGUUUGCCGUCAUCGCGGAGAACAGAGGUGGCAAGGCAAAAUGCAGUGCCAAUCUACUUGUCGAAGAACGUAAACAAGUCGGCAGGAAAGGACCUGGUCCACCGAGUUUCCUUACUACAAUGCAAGGAGCAGUCGUGAAAGCCGGUCAGCUAGUCAGGUUUGACGUUAAAAUCAGCGCUAAUAAGCCACUGGAUGUAUAUUGGUUAAAGAACGGAAAGAAAAUCACCCAGGAUAUCCGUUACAAAACAGUGGACGAAGACAACCAAUACACGCUUUUGAUCAUCGAGUCAGUCACCGAAGACAGCGGAACCUACGAGUGUGUGGCCAUCAACAAUUCUGGCGAAGCGAGGUGUGAAGCUCCGUUGUUAGUCCAACCCUUGGAACAGAAGGAUAAACCCAAAUCAAAACCCAGUGGUAAAGAGCAGGCGCCAACAAUCACCCAACCGUUGUCCGGACAAGUGAUUCACGAGGGACAACCCGUGACGUUCAGCUGUAAAAUUUCUGGACAACCUCCAAUAACAGUAAAAUGGCAAAAAGGCGAUAAAGUGAUUAAACCGUCAAAAUAUUUCCGCAUGGCGCAAGACGGGGAAACGGUAUCACUUCAUAUAUCCGAAGUCUUCCCGGAGGACGAAGGCACGUACAAAUGUCUAGUGUCGAAUGCCGGUGGCCAGGCUGUCCUAUCAGCUAAUUUGAAAGUUAUUGUACCUGAAAAUCAAGAUGUAGCUCCAACUUUGAGCCCAAUGAGAGACGUUAUCGUUCCAGAAGGUAAUGCGGCUCAGUUCCGCACGCAAGUGUCGGGUCAACCGUCACCGUCUGUACAAUGGUUCAGAGAAGGAACGCUUAUUCCCGAAACACCAGAUUUUAAGAUGAUGUACGAAGGUAACAUGGCCGUUCUGUUGAUAACAUCGACAUACGAAGAAGACUCUGGUGUGUUCACGUGCCGUGCCACAAAUAGCGCUGGACAAGUAGAGACCUCGGCCAGACUUACGGUGAAAAGACAACGCGGCGUUACUUAUAAGACCGGUACAUUUGACGAUAAGGGUGUAGUGGAUAGCUUACAACUAAAUCAAGUGUUAGGAAAAACAAAAGAAAUAGGUCCUCAAAUUUCUAUUAAAAAUAUUAAAAGUGAUAAAAAAGGGUUAAAAACAAGUAAUAAUUUAUUGCCAUGGAGAAAAGAUAUUGUAAUUGACAGAAUCAGAAAAACCUCAGUAGAAGCAAAAAGCAUAAUUAAAGAGAAUGUAAUUAUUGAACCUACAGAAAUUGGUGAUUUAAUCACAGUUACACAAGAAGGAACAUUCAUAUAUACAUACGUCACAGAACAGAUAUUUACCUUAAUUCAAAAUAAAAUUGAUACUAAAGAUGUAGAAAAGGCAAAACAAAUAAUUAAUCAAAUUUUGGUAAAAAAAAUGAAACAAGGUGAUAUUGUGAGUUUAAACGAUAAUGAAAAAAAAGAAAUAGUUGGCGAGGUCACUAAUAAGUUAACACAGUUUUAUACAAAGAAAGUGGAUGACAAAUCGUUUGCGAAGGAUAUGCUGAACAAAGUUUUAACACGAACUAUGGAAAAGGAACAACAAAUUCAACCGUAUACAUCAAAACAACAAAAGAAAGAUGAAACUUUCGUAACAACAACAGAAAUGAUUUUCAAAAAUAAAAAUAAAUCUCAAAAGGACUCAAAAUUGACAGGAGAAAUUAUAGAAACAGUAAAACUCAAGCCAGAUAAACAUGAACCACAAUCCGAAGAUAACAUUUUUCCUAAUCAAACACAUCAAAGUAAAUUUUAUUUCGGAGAACAGCCAGCUGAGAAUUAUGAUAUCGUUCCAGAUGAAUACAAACCUAAAUUAAAAAUAGAAAGUAUUGAGAAUAUGGAACCCAAAAUUCAACAAAAUGAAAAUCAAAAUUACAAUACGAGACCAUGGUUAAUAAAAAAUAAUAAAGAUACAAUCAGUCAGGAAACAACUUAUUCACCAGAAUGCAAAGAUACUUCAAAUGAUAAAAUGGACACUUCUACUGAAGAUUUGAAAACAAAAGGUAAAAUAAAAACCAAUAUUCCCUGGACAGAAGAAAAAGUAACAUUGAAAAAAACAGCAAUAGAAAAACAGAUUUUAACCAAUGAGAAGAUAGAAGACGUAAUACUAAAACCAUCAAAAUACAACAAAGAGAAGGAAAUAAUAAAAGAAAGUACUCCACUGUCGAUUUAUACCAACGAUGAAAUAAAACCCACAGUUGAGAAAGUUAAAGAUACCCCAAGAGAUGACGUCAAAACCAAACCUAAUAAAAUACCUGCUGUGCCUUGGCAAGAGGAAAUUGUCACACUUAAGAAAACAAAAACACAUAAGCAACCAUUAUCAAAAGAAUCAAUUGAAGAGGUCACUCUUAAACCAUUUAAGAAACCGGUAGUAGAAGAAAUCCCUGUUACAGAAGAGUCUCCGGAAACCGAGACAACUGAAAUAGUGGAAUCAGUCGUCGAGAAAGGUGAAAAAGGACGGGCCAGGAAAACUAAGACCAUCGUAAAGGACCAAGUUCUAGAAACCGACGAUAUCAUUGAACAACGGAAACCUACAAUUGAGGAAGUCGAGGAUACACCAAUUGAAGAGGUUCCAACGGAAAAGCAAAGAAAACCAUCUGUCCCAUGGCGCGAAGAAACUGUCACACUCAAGAAAACAAAGACACAAAAGCAACCAUUAUCGAAAGAAUCAAUUGAAGAGGUCACUCUUAAACCAUUUAAGAAACCUGUAGUAGAUGAAAUUCCUGUUACAGAAGAGUCUCCGGAAACCGAGACAACUGAAAUAGUGGAAUCAGUCGUCGAGAAAGGUGGCAAACGGCGGGUCAGGAAAACAAAGACCGUCGUAAAGGACGAAGUUCUAGAAUCCGAAGAUGUCAUAGAAGAACAGAAACCUACAAUUGAUGAAGUCGAGGAGACACCAGUUGAAAACAUCGAGGAUACAACAGUUGAAGAGGUUCCAACUGAACAGCAAAGGAAACCAUCUGUCCCAUGGCGCGAAGAAACUGUCACACUCAAGAAAACAAAGACACAAAAGCAACCAUUAUCGAAAGAAUCAAUUGAAGAGGUCACUCUUAAACCAUUUAAGAAACCGGUAGUAGAAGAAAUUCCUAUUACUGAAGAGUCUCCGGAAACCGAGACAACUGAAAUAGUGGAAUCAGUCGUCGAGAAAGGUGGCAGACGACGGGUCAGGAAAACAAAGACCGUCGUAAAGGACGAAGUUCUAGAAACCGAAGAUGUCAUAAAAGAGCAGAAACCUACAAUUGAGGAAGUCGAGGAUACACCAAUUGAAAACAUCGAGGAUACACCAGUUGAAGAGGUUCCAAAUGAACAGCAAAGAAAACCAUCUGUGCCAUGGCGCGAAGAAACUGUAACACUCAAGAAAACAAAGACACAAAAGCAACCAUUAUCGAAAGAAUCAAUUGAAGAGGUCACUCUUAAACCAUUUAAGAAACCGGUAGUAGAAGAAAUUCCUGUUACAGAAGACUCUCCGGAAACCGAGACAACUGAAAUAGUUGAAUCAGUCGUCGAGAAAGGAGGCAAACGACGGGCCAGGAAAACAAAGACCGUCGUAAAGGACGAAGUUCUAGAAACUGAAGAUGUCAUCGAAGAACAAAAACCUACAAUUGAUGAGGUCGAGGAGACACCAGUUGAAAACAUCGAGGAUACAACAGUUGAAGUGGUUCCAACUGAACAGCAAAGGAAACCAUCUGUCCCAUGGCGCGAAGAAACUGUCACACUCAAGAAAACAAAGACACAAAAGCAACCAUUAUCGAAAGAAUCAAUUGAAGAGGUCACUCUUAAACCAUUUAAGAAACCGGUAGUAGAAGAAAUUCCUAUUACAGAAGAGUCUCCGGAAACUGAGACAACUGAAAUAGUGGAAUCAGUCGUCGAGAAAGGUGGCAGACGACGGGUCAGGAAAACAAAGACCGUCGUAAAGGACGAAGUACUAGAAACCGAUGAUGUCAUAGAAGAACAGAAACCUAUAAUUGAGGAAGUCGAGGACACACCAGUUGAAAACGUCGAGGAUACACCAGUUGAAGAGGUUCCAACUGAACAGCAAAGAAAACCAUCUGUUCCAUGGCGCGAAGAAACUGUAACACUCAAGAAAACAAAGACACAAAAGCAACCAUUAUCGAAAGAAUCAAUUGAAGAGGUCACUCUUAAACCAUUUAAGAAACCGGUAGUAGAAGAAAUCCCUGCUACAGAAGAGUCUCCGGAAACCGAGACAACUGAAAUAGUGGAAUCAGUCGUCGAGAAAGGUGGCAAACGACGGGCCAGGAAAACAAAGACCGUCGUAAAGGACGAAGUUCUAAAAACUGAAGAUGUCAUCGAAGAACAAAAACCUACAAUUGAGGAAGUCGAGGAUACACCAGUUGAAAACAUCGAGGAUACACCAGUUGAAGAGGUUCCAACUGAACAGCAAAGAAAACCAUCUGUACCAUGGCGCGAAGAAACUGUCACACUCAAGAAAACAAAGACACAAAAGCAACCAUUAUCGAAAGAAUCAAUUGAAGAGGUCACUCUAAAACCAUUUAAGAAACCGGUAGUAGAUGAAAUUCCUGUUACAGAAGAGUCUCCGGAAACCGAGACAACUGAAAUAGUGGAAUCAGUCGUCGAGAAAGGUGGCAGACGACGGAACAAAAACCUACAAUUGAGGAAGUCGAGGAUACAUCAAGUUGAAAACAUCGAGGAUACACCAGUUGAAGAGGUUCCAACUGAACAGCAAAGAAAACCAUCUGUCCCAUGGCAAGAAGAAACUGUCACACUCAAGAAAACAAAGACACAAAAGCAACCAUUAUCGAAAGAAUCAAUUGAAGAGGUCACUCUUAAACCAUUUAAGAAACCGGUAGUAGAUGAAAUUCCUGUUACAGAAGAGUCUCCGGAAACCGAGACAACUGAAAUAGUAGAAUCAGUCGUCGAGAAAGGUGGCAAACGACGGGUCAGGAAAACAAAGACCGUCGUAAAGGACGAAGUUCUAGAAUCCGAAGAUGUCAUCGAAGAACAAAAACCUACAAUUGAGGAAGUCGAGGAUACACCAGUUGAAAACAUCGAGGAUACACCAGUUGAAGAGGUUCCAACUGAACAGCAAAGAAAACCAUCUGUACCAUGGCACGAAGAAACUGUCACACUCAAGAAAACAAAGACACAAAAGCAACCAUUAUCGAAAGAAUCAAUUGAAGAGGUCACUCUAAAACCAUUUAAGAAACUGGUAGUAGAUGAAAUUCCUGUUACAGAAGAGUCUCCGGAAACCGAGACAACUGCAAUAGUGGAAUCAGUCGUCGAGAAAGGUGGCAAACGGCGGGUCAGGAAAACAAAGACCGUUGUAAAGGACGAAGUUCUAGAAUCCGAAGAUGUCAUCGAAGAACAAAAACCUACAAUUGAGGAAGUCGAGGAUACACCAGUUGAAAACAUCGAGGAUACACCAGUUGAAGAGGUUCCAACUGAACAGCAAAGAAAACCAUCUGUACCAUGGCGCGAAGAAACUGUCACACUCAAGAAAACAAAGACACAAAAGCAACCAUUAUCGAAAGAAUCAAUUGAAGAGGUCACUCUAAAACCAUUUAAGAAACCGGUAGUAGAUGAAAUUCCUGUUACAGAAGAGUCUCCGGAAACCGAGACAACUGAAAUAGUGGAAUCAGUCGUCGAGAAAGGUGGCAGACGACGGGUCAGGAAAACAAAGACCGUCGUAAAGGACGAAGUUCUAGAAACCGAAGAUGUCAUAGAAGAACAGAAACCUACAAUUGAGGAAGUCGAGGAUACACCAAUUGAAAACAUCGAGGAUACACCAGUUGAAGAGGUUCCAACUGAACAGCAAAGAAAACCAUCUGUCCCAUGGCGCGAAGAAACUGUCACACUCAAGAAAACAAAGACACAAAAGCAACCAUUAUCGAAAGAAUCAAUUGAAGAGGUCACUCUUAAACCAUUUAAGAAACCGGUAGUAGAUGAAAUUCCUGUUACAGAAGAGUCUCCGGAAACCGAGACAACUGAAAUAGUGGAAUCAGUCGUCGAGAAAGGUGGCAAACGACGGGUCAGGAAAACAAAGACCGUCGUAAAGGACGAAGUUCUAGAAUCCGAAGAUGUCAUAGAAGAACAGAAACCUACAAUUGAGGAAGUCGAGGAUACACCAGUUGAAAACAUCGAGGAUACACCAGUUGAAGAGGUUCCAACUGAACAGCAAAGAAAACCAUCUGUCCCAUGGCGCGAAGAAACUGUCACACUCAAGAAAACAAAGACACAAAAGCAACCAUUAUCGAAAGAAUCAAUUGAAGAGGUCACUCUAAAACCAUUUAAGAAACCGGUAGUAGAUGAAAUUCCUGUUACAGAAGAGUCUCCGGAAACCGAGACAACUGAAAUAGUGGAAUCAGUCGUCGAGAAAGGUGGCAGACGACGGGUCAGGAAAACAAAGACCGUCGUAAAGGACGAAGUUCUAGAAUCCGAAGAUGUCAUAGAAGAACAGAAACCUACAAUUGAGGAAGUCGAGGAUACACCAGUUGAAAACAUCGAGGAUACACCAGUUGAAGAGGUUCCAACUGAACAGCAAAGAAAACCAUCUGUCCCAUGGCAAGAAGAAACUGUCACACUCAAGAAAACAAAGACACAAAAGCAACCAUUAUCGAAAGAAUCAAUUGAAGAGGUCACUCUAAAACCAUUUAAGAAACCGGUAGUAGAUGAAAUUCCUGUUACAGAAGAGUCUCCGGAAACCGAGACAACUGAAAUAGUGGAAUCAGUCGUCGAGAAAGGUGGCAAACGACGGGUCAGGAAAACAAAGACCGUCGUAAAGGACGAAGUUCUAGAAUCCGAAGAUGUCAUAGAAGAACAGAAACCUACAAUUGAGGAAGUCGAGGAUACAUCAAUUGAAAACAUCGAGGAUACACCAGUUGAAGAGGUUCCAACUGAACAGCAAAGAAAACCAUCUGUCCCAUGGCGCGAAGAAACUGUCACACUCAAGAAAACAAAGACACAAAAGCAACCAUUAUCGAAAGAAUCAAUUGAAGAGGUCACUCUUAAACCAUUUAAGAAACCGGUAGUAGAUGAAAUUCCUGUUACAGAAGAGUCUCCGGAAACCGAGACAACUGCAAUAGUGGAAUCAGUCGUCGAGAAAGGUGGCAAACGGCGGGUCAGGAAAACAAAGACCGUUGUAAAGGACGAAGUUCUAGAAUCCGAAGAUGUCAUCGAAGAACAAAAACCUACAAUUGAGGAAGUCGAGGAUACACCAGUUGAAAACAUCGAGGAUACACCAGUUGAAGAGGUUCCAACUGAACAGCAAAGAAAACCAUCUGUACCAUGGCGCGAAGAAACUGUCACACUCAAGAAAACAAAGACACAAAAGCAACCAUUAUCGAAAGAAUCAAUUGAAGAGGUCACUCUUAAACCAUUUAAGAAACCGGUAGUAGAUGAAAUUCCUGUUACAGAAGAGUCUCCGGAAACCGAGACAACUGAAAUAGUGGAAUCAGUCGUCGAGAAAGGUGGCAGACGACGGGUCAGGAAAACAAAGACCGUCGUAAAGGACGAAGUUCUAGAAACCGAAGAUGUCAUAGAAGAACAGAAACCUACAAUUGAGGAAGUCGAGGAUACACCAGUUGAAAACAUCGAGGAUACACCAGUUGAAGAGGUUCCAACUGAACAGCAAAGAAAACCAUCUGUCCCAUGGCGCGAAGAAACUGUCACACUCAAGAAAACAAAGACACAAAAGCAACCAUUAUCGAAAGAAUCAAUUGAAGAGGUCACUCUAAAACCAUUUAAGAAACCGGUAGUAGAUGAAAUUCCUGUUACAGAAGAGUCUCCGGAAACCGAGACAACUGAAAUAGUGGAAUCAGUCGUCGAGAAAGGUGGCAAACGACGGGUCAGGAAAACAAAGACCGUCGUAAAGGACAAAGUUCUAGAAACCGAAGAUGUCAUCGAAGAACAAAAACCUACAAUUGAGGAAGUCGAGGAUACACCAGUUGAAAACGUCGAGGAGACACCAGUUGAAGAGGUUCCAACUGAACAGCAAAGAAAACCAUCUGUUCCAUGGCGCGAAGAAACUGUAACACUCAAGAAAACAAAGACACAAAAGCAACCAUUAUCGAAAGAAUCAAUUGAAGAGGUCACUCUUAAACCAUUUAAGAAACCGGUAGUAGAAGAAAUUCCUGUUACAGAAGAGUCUCCGGAAACCGAGACAACUGAAAUAGUGGAAUCAGUCGUCGAGAAAGGUGGUAAACGACGGGCCAGGAAAACAAAGACCGUCGUAAAGGACGAAGUUCUAGAAACUGAAGAUGUCAUCGAAGAACAAAAACCUACAAUUGAGGAAGUCGAGGAUACACCAGUUGAAAACGUCGAGGAUACACCAGUUGAAGAGGUUCCAACUGAACAGCAAAGAAAACCAUCUGUACCAUGGCGCGAAGAAACUGUCACACUCAAGAAAACAAAGACACAAAAGCAACCAUUAUCAAAAGAAUCAAUUGAAGAGGUCACUCUUAAACCAUUGAAAAAGCCGGUGGUAGAGGAUAUUUCAGUCAUUCAAGAAGUAUCAGAUAUUCAGAAAAUUGAUAAUGGGAUUAAUGUUGUUAAGGAUGUUGCUAAGGUAGAUUCUGUUUUUAAGGAAGCCGAUGUGCCUGCCGUUGACGAUCAACCUAUUAUUAAAAUUCGGUUUAUGAAGCAUGACGAUUUGUUAAAGGAAGAUGUUGAUAAAAAGCCUAAUGCAAUUGUUUGUGCUCAAAAAGUCAUUUCUAUUCCUAAAGAAAAAACUAAGAAAAAUAAAAAGCAUGUUCAAUUGAAUGAGGAUAUGAAUCAAGAAAAAGAAUUUUCUCCUGACGAUGAAGUAAGUGCCCUGAACGAUGAGGAGGUUGAAGUACUUUCUCCGAAAAUACUAGACUCAAAGGAUCUCAAGGGAAUUAUGAAGCCGAGGGAUGAGAUUGUGUCAGUUUCUGAUGUUGUUCCUAAAGAUGAAGAGGAAUCUAUUGAUACUUUAACAAAGCCUAAAAAUCUAACUGAACAGAAAAUUCCAAUUAAACUUCUGAAUGAAAAGUUGGAACUUCCCUGGAGAAAAGGACGUAAAGAUAUUGAUAAUGACGUUUCUGAUCUUGAUAUUAUUGAUAACUCUAAAAGUCAUGUUCCUGAAAAAGAAUUGAUGAAUGUUGUUGAAUUAAUUGCACAACAGCCAAAACCAUUGGAAGUUAAUAAACCGUUAUUUGGUACAGUUCAACUUAAGAAGUCUUCACCCAAAAAAAAUAAAGAAAUUGAACCUUUGGCUGUUCCUAAAGUUCUACUUAAAUCUCAUCUAUAUAGAAUUGAUUUAAAUACUAAUGAGCAUUUCCCUUCUACGUCAUUAUUAGAACCUAUUUUUGUAGAUAACGGAGUUCUGUCUAGAAAUUACGCUGAGGCUAUGAAAAUAAAGAAAACUAAACCUGAGUUAUUAGUACUUCCUGAUCUAGAACCUGCUGUUCUUGAGAAGUUUGAACCAACCGAUUUUCAUUAUGAGAAAAAAGAAAUACCUGAGGAAAAACCAUCUUUAAGAAAACAAUCAGUUGAUAAAAUAAUUCCAGACGAAGAGACCCCAAAGAAGUUAAUAAUUGGAAAAGGAAAAAUACCUAUUCAGAAUGACGAUCAAGAAAAAGUUGUAUUAAAAAAAGUUCCCCAAAAACCAGUGGAAGAAAAAGUGGAAAUGCCAAAGCCAAUUGAAAAACCACAUUUUAAACCUGAACCAGAUUCAAAACCAUCUGAAGAUAUAGAUUUUACAUUAGAACCAUUCAAACCUAUAAAAGUGGGCAAAAGUCCUGAUGUAUCCGAGCCAUUAUCGGUUGAUAAUGAAAGUUUGCCUGACGUAGAAUUGCCAGUUAAAAAACCUAAAUAUAUCAGAAAAAAAACAAAGAAAGAAGAAGAGCCUAUUCCUGAUCACAAAAUAUUACCCGGAACACCUAGGCCUGUACCAGCGGAUUUAGAAAAAGAUAUUAAUCUCAAGUAUAAGCAGGGGAAACCAGAACCAGAAAUACCUGAUGAAAUAAAAUUAAAACCAUUUUUAUUAGAAAAACCAACUGACGUAAAAGAACCGGAUGAUCUCAAUGUAGGUAAACCUGAUAUAUUUGAUUAUCCUAGAGAAGAAGAACAACUAAAGCCUCGAGAGUAUAAGUUUAAACCAGAGAAAAAAAAGAAAAGACCUUCCAAAACUGUUGAUAUGGAUAUACCAACUGACAGUAAAAUUGAGCCAUUGGCAAUUGUUAAAGAAGGUCCUGUACUUGAAGAAAUGGUUACCAUUGAUGUAAAACCUACUAAAGUUGUAGCUGUUGCAUUAGAUAAUAAACCAUUGUUAGCAACUAUCAAGCUCAAGAAAGCCCCUACUAAGUCGAAGGUUGAUGUUGACCAUGUAAAAAUCCCCAAAGUACUAUUGAAGUCUCAUAUAAAUAAUAUUGAAUAUAAUACACAUGAAUAUUUUCCUACUACUUCAUUAUUAGAACCUAUUUAUGUAGACAACGGAGUUCUGUCUAGAAACUACGCUGAGGCUAUGAAAAUAAAGAAAACCAAACCUAAGAAAUUAAUACUUCCUGAACUAGAACCUGUAGUUCUCGAGAAGUUUGAACCAACCGAUUUUCAUUAUGACAAAAAGAAAACACCCGAGAGAAAACCAUCUUUAAGAAAACAAUCAGUUGAGAAAAUAAUUCCAGACGAAGAAACCCCGAAGAAGUUAAUAAUUGGAAAAGGAAAAAUACCUAUUCAGAAUGACGAUCAAGAAAAAGUUGUAUUAAAAAAAGUUCCCCAAAAACCAGUGGAAGAAAAAGUGGAAAUGCCAAAGCCAAUUGAAAACCCACAUUUUAAACCUGAACCAGAUUCAAAACCAUCUGAAGACAUAGAUUUUACAUUAGAACCAUUCAAACCUAUAACAGUGGGCAUAAGUCCUGAAAUAUCUGAGCCAAUACCGUUUGGUAAUGAAAGUUUGCCAGACGUAGAAUUACCAAUUAAAAAACCUAAAUAUAUCAGAAAAAAAAUAAAGAAAGAAGAAGAGCCUAUUCCUGAUAACAAAAUAUUACUUGGAAAACCGAGUCCUGUACCAGCGGAUGAAGAAAAAGAUAUUAAUCUGAAGUAUAAACAAGGGAUACCAGAACCAGAAAUACCUGAAGAAAUAAAAUUAAAACCUAUCCCCAUAAAAAAACCUUUAGAUAAUAAGAAAACUGAUAAUGAUGAAUUAGGAAAACCUAAGCCUUUUACUAGUGAUUUCCCUAAAAUUGACAUACAAUCCAAGUCCAAAAAAUCACCUUCACCGAAAUCUAUAAGCGUUGAUAGCCCUUUGCAGGAUCUUGAAAUAGUGAGUAUAAAAAGAAGUGAAGAGAAACCUGAAAAUAAAGCAAUUGAGAGUGAAAUUGUAGCACCCUAUUUUAUUGAAAAAGUGCAACCAUUAGUAGCGGAACACGAAAAGCCUACUGCUUUUACAUGCUCUGUGGGGGGAAUCCCUACACCUGAAGUUAAAUGGUACCGAGACGAUCGUGAACUACAAACAACUGAUGUUUAUGAAAUAAUUGUAUACGACAAUACAUCUACUUUGAGGAUUCCUAAGCCUACAGAGGAACAGGCGGGCGUUUAUGUUUGCCAAGCUAUAAAUGCAGCUGGAAUUUCAACUUGUACUGCACUUCUGGUGGUGUUAGAUUCUGAAGAAAUUGGCGAAGCUCCAACUUUUGUGGAACCUAUUAAACCUAGGAAAGUCAGGGGGAAAAAGUCUAUAGAAUUGAGAUGUAUUGUGAAAGGAAUUCCUAUACCUGAAAUUAUUUGGUGUCGUGAAAAUGAAGAAAUAAUUUCGGACGAUGACGAAUAUAGAACUUCAUUUGAUUCCAAAACUGGUGAAGCCAUAUUAACAUUAGUAAAUCCUAUGGAAGUAGACCGAUCUACGUAUCUUGCUAGAGCGGUGAAUAUUCACGGGAAAUCUGAAUGCAUGGCACAUAUUACAUUUGAAAAAGAAGAAUAUGGAGAAGCACCCAAGUUUGUGGAACGGUUGAAACCGAAGGUUGUGAAAGCUAAUGAAACAACUGAACUCACAUGCUUAGUCAAAGGUGUUCCAUCGCCAUCAGUUGUAUGGUGCCGUGAUGAUGAAGAAAUCAUACCAGAUGAAAGUCAUAUGCUAAUUUACAUUCCUGAAACAGGAGUGUCCAAACUUAUUAUAGUGCGCCCUGAUGAUAUUGAUGAGUCAACGUAUACAGUGAACGCAAUUAAUAAAUUUGGAAGAGCUGAGUGUAGAGCAAAUUUGAUAGUUCAAAAAGAUGAACUGGGAGAGGCACCGACAUUCGUACAACCAGUAAAACCGAAAAUUGCCAAAGCAAAUGAAAUAACUGAACUUAAAUGUUUCGUAAGAGGAACACCGAAACCGUUAGUAAUUUGGUGUCGUGGCAACGACGAAAUAAUUCCCGAUGAAUGUCACUUGGUCACAUACCACCAGGAAACUGGAGAAUCGAUCUUAACAAUUUUAAACCCGACUGAAAUCGAUGAAACUAUUUAUACCGUGAACGCAGUGAAUAAAUACGGCCAAGCACAAUGUCGGGCAAAUCUAAUUAUACAAAAAGAUGAAUCGGGUGAAGCACCAAUAUUCGUAGAACCGAUAAAACCAAAAAUCGCUAAAGCUAACGAGGCCACAGAGUUAAAUUGUUUGGUUAGAGGAAUACCUACACCUACUGUCGUUUGGCUUAGAGGCGAUGUAGAAAUAAUUCCAGACUCCACUCAUGCAAUAACGUUUAUACCAGAGACGGGUGAAUCGAAACUGGUUAUUUCAAAAGCCACAGAAGUUGAUCAGAACACAUACACUGUGAAGGCAACUAAUAAAUAUGGCAGAGCUCAAUGCAAGGCAAAUGUAAUUAUACAAGAAGAUGUUUUUGGUGUAGCCCCGAGCUUUGUUGAGCCUAUAAAGCCUGUACUUGCAAAACCAGACCAAACAACUGUUUUACGGUGUUUGGUGACUGGUAAUCCUAUGCCAACUGUUGUUUGGUGUCGUGGAAAGGACGAAAUUGUUUCGGACGACAUGCACACUAUCCAGUUUAUUCCAGAAACUGGAGAAUCCACAUUAACAAUUAAAAAACCAACAACAGUCGAUGAAGCGCAUUAUUCGGUAGAAGCAAUAAACAAAUUUGGAAGAGCUAUUUGCAGAGCUAAUUUGGUUUUAGAAAAAUAUGACACUGGAAUUGCUCCAGCAUUUGUCGUCCCGAUCAAACCCAAAGCCGCCAAGCCAACCGAAACUGUAGAACUACGUUGCGUGGUAACCGGAACACCAAUGCCAACCAUCGUAUGGUGUCGUGGCGACGAACAAAUCGUGCCAGACGACAGUCAUGUCGUAUCUUAUACACCGGAGACGGGUGAGUCGAAGCUCACGAUUUGUAAUGCCACAGGCUUGGACGUAAAUGAUUACACCGUGAAAGCAGUCAACGAUUUCGGAGUGGCACAGUGCAGAGCCAAUCUGAUUAUAGAGGACGUCGUUCCAGAAAUACUUAAACCGUUAGAGGAGUCGCCAUCUAUAACGAAACCUUUGCAACCAGUAAUGGCCAAAAAAGAUUCGUGCGUGACGUUAGACGUGCAUUUCAGAGGAACUCCCGAGUUAAAAGUAAGGUGGUUCCACAACGGCAAAGAUAUAACCGAUAAGAAAACGUUCAUGCGCACCAUCACUAUAACGGAGACCACGACCGUGAUAAUUAUAAAAAAGAUCACUAAGAAAACCACUGGACGUUAUGAAGUUGUGGUCACUAAUAAUCGCGGAGAAGCGAAAACGUCCACUACAGUAUUGAUCGAAGACGAAGAUGAUGUAGAGGAGAGUAUAGUACCAGAAGAGGCGGUAGUCGGGAAAGCACCGUAUUUCGAAACAGAAUUGCAAACCGAAACAAUAUGGGAGGAGGAGGAAGAAGAGGAGGAAACCAUAAUACGCCUCGUCGUAAGAGUAAAGGGCACUCCGAAGCCCAAGAUCCAAUGGUACGAGAACGGAAUGGAAAUAACGCCCAGCGAUGAAUUUGAAAUUGAAGAACAGGACGAAGGAGUAUCUGUGUUGACGGUCAAGAAAAGGCCAACGGAGAGCGUUCGUGAAAUAACGUGUGAGGCCACAAACAAUUACGGGAAGGCCACGACUAGGACUUUAAUAAUCCCAGGUAUUAAAGGGACGAAAGCCUACAGGAAGCCGUCGUGGGUGACCCAGAUGGAAGAGUUGCGGGAACAAUUACAAGGUAAAUGCACCUCUGAUAGUUUAGACGCUUGUUGUGUGUACAGUCCCGAAACCCGGCCCGAUGAAAACGACGGAGACGAUACGGUCGUCCGAUACGGUACGUACUUUGCCGAUUACGAUGUCAACAGCGCGUUCUACUUGAGCCCCAUACAAGAGCACAGUGAACCCACUUCAUCGGACGGUGGUUCGGAUCGGGUUCGGUCUCUGUCCUGCCAAGAGGUGUCGUCCUCUUCAGCGGCGGAGACAGAAGACCCGACCGGCCGCAGCCAGACUUAUCCGAGGACGCAUGCCGACGAAUCGGUGGCCAUGUAUAACCGCCGCAAGUACACUGGCCACCCGCUGGAGCCUCGUGAAAUUGACCCGGAAAUGUUCUUCCAGCUGCAUACAGCUGAUAGCCAAGAUGAGCUCCAGGAGUUCCUGUUGCUGGAGAGCCAGUGCAUGUCCACUGACGCUUUCCAAAGUCUACCAAGCUUUGUAAACGAAUUAAAAGACGAGAGAGCCGUUGAAAACGAAACUAUUGUGUUCGAAUGUCAAUUUUCAGGAAAUCCUACUCCCGUGAUUAUAUGGUAUCACGAUGAUAAAAUUGUGAGAAACUCGCCUAAUGUUCAAGUUAAAAUCACUGACACCAAAACUACAUUAACUAUUAAAAGAGUAACAAAGGAAGAUGAAGGUGUCUAUAUUUGCAAAGCAAACAGUAAUUUAGGAGAAGCUAAAAAUAAAUCAAAACUUUAUGUUAAAAAACACGGGGACGAAACGUUCACAGCUACCGAAGAUGAAGUAGAAGAAAAAGAAGUUGAAGAAGUAAAGAAGACGAAAAAGACUAAAAAGAAGGCUACAAAGAAGAAACAUAAAAAAGAAUCUGAAUCAUUUGAUGAGACGGAAACAAAAGAAUCGCUUCGUAUUACUACUUCAAAAAUGGUAGAGGAAAAACCAUCGUUACCGGAACACGAACCGUUGUCUACGUCAGAAACGGUUUCGGACGAGACUGUCAAGGAAGUUCGCGGACCCGAACAUGUUCGCCCAAAACCGUCCGAAGAACCAGGGCUGUUCACAGCACUCAAGGUCCGGAAGCCCACGGUAGUCCAUGAAGUUGACCAAGUGCUGGAUCAAGUUGAACUGGCUGAGUUUGGACCGGCUGAAUGGCCAUUACGGGAAUUGGCCACCAUCGAUAUACUCACCCGACACGGCAUAUCCACGGAACAGGUGUUCGAAGAAUACACAUCGGGUCAGUUCCCUGCAUUGAGGACCGCGCCCGCUCAGUCAGCAAUGGUGCAUCUCAUCGAACGUGAAGGAUACACAUCUUUGGUGGCUGACGUAUUCACCAAAGAAUCAACCAUACCUGAAACCGUCAACGAAGUGUUUAAGGCAUUUAUGACAAUGAUCGAGUUGAAACAUAGCACACUGGAAGAGAUCAUUACCUACUUGACGCCAGAAGAUUUCCAAACCAGCACCUGGGAUUUUGAGCACGCAUCUCAAAUGACUACAGACGAUACGAUCACCGAUACAGCUGAUAUCAGCGAGUCUGUAAACAUAUUAGUCAAUGAAGUUAAAAAGAAAACACGAUCUACAAAGAAUUUAGUUAAAACGAGCGAAGAGACUUUGUCAAUCGACAAUGAACAAGUACAGAACAUAUUGGAUGAUAGAAGUGUUAAAAUUACUGAAAUCACGGAUAAUAGUAAUGUGAUAAUUGAGGUACCAGAAGAUAGACUGAUCAAAACGGAAAAAAUAAUAGAACAAAAAAAGAAGAUGGAUGAUAUAACUGUUCGCAAAGAUGAGGAAGAAGAAGAAAUUAUCACAACAGGCACAAAAACAGUAAAAAAAAUUAAAGUAAAACGAUCAAUCACUGGCGAAGAUAUUAUUCCUGAAGAAACAACAUACGAAUUCGAUGUAAAAAAGUAUCCUGCUAUUCGUCCAACUGUUCUGAAAACAUCAAAAACUUUAAACGAAACAAUUGCUCAGCAAGAAUCUGUUGAGUUGUCAACUGAUUAUAAUAAUGUACCGGAAAAAGCACAGAUUAAAAUAAUAACACGAAAUGCCGCGGAAAGCAUAGUAACAAAAGACGAAGAGAAGGAGGAAAACCGAAAAGAAACCUUAGAAACUAAAAAACAUAAAGCAAAUUCUGUUUUUGAAUUAAAUGAAAGUUUUUCAACAGAUAACCCUGAAACUCAAUCGCCUCUUGAAGACAUUUGUAAAACGUUUGAGUUUAUACCAUGUUUGGCAAUAAAAGAUAUUAUACCCAAAGAAAGUAUAAGCAUUAUUGAAAUUUAUCCUAAUCAAAGCCUAGGUAAAGGAACUGAGUACAAACCACAAAAUAAGGAAGCUAAGGUUACUGUAAUUUCACACUCACAAAAAGUAGUCACAGAAUUGAUUGCCUCUACAAAAGAAGGUGAAAUUAAACAAACAUGUAUGCCACCAAAAAAAAAAGCUACACAAGAUUAUUUUGAACACGAGAGUAUUAAUGUUGUGGAAGUGAAUGAAGCACACACUGAAAAUCAAUUACAAGACGUAUUUAAACCAACACCAGUGAAAUCUUCGGUUGAAUAUCCACUUAACGAACAAUUAGUUGUCAGUGAAUCACAUUCAGAAAUUCAACCAGAAAAUUACUAUCCAGAAAUAAUUGUGCCUACUGAAACCGCCAAAGAAUUAAUAGUACCAUCAAACAAUGCUAUUACAACAUUCCAAGUAGAAUCUUCAGAAAAAGAAGACAAGUAUAAUCGAAUAAAACCACCUACUGAAUAUAAAGCAGAUAUUUCAAUUAUUCAGGAAAAAUAUAUUGAAGUCAAUGAGUCUAACAUACAAGAAAAAGAAACUAAAUUAGAGAAAGAACAAAUACCAGAGAAGUCAUUCGCAAUUUCUGAUAUAAUUGUACAGUCAAGCAUAAUUGUAAAUUCAGUUAAUCAAGAAGAAAAUGAAGACAAAUUCAAUACUCAUUUACCUCAAUCCCAUACUGCAAAGCUGACAAUAAACAACGCAAAUAAAGUAUGUAGUUCGUCAAUUAUAGAAACUAAUGAAGCAGAAUCUGAUUUAAAAAUCCCGGUUGUACCAGAAAUGAAACAAGUUGAAAGCUCCGUUUUUGGUUUAGAAGUGCUGGAUGUAACUGAGAUUAUACCUAACGAGACAGAAUCCAAUUUUACAUCACAAUCAGUAUUAGAAUCAUUACCAGAUACUAGUUUUACCGAAAAUAAUUCAUGCAUUGUCACUGAAACUACAGUUGAUGAUUAUUCAACAGAUUUAGUAACAAAUUUGAAUUACAAAUCGUAUGAAGCCGAACCAACAUUUGAAGAAUUAGAAGCCAAACAAAUAUCUCAGAUUGAUAUACAAGAAAAGGACAUUCCAUUAGAAGAAACAUCUCAACCAACAUCAGUUAAACCAGAAACAAAUUUUUGCCCAAUUCAAAGUAUAACUGUAGAACAAACAGUUGUGGCAGAACAAGAGCAGUUAUUGUUAUUGAAAAUACAACCAGAGUUGCAUAAUACCGUAAGUGUGCCAUCGCAUUCUCUUCAAGCUGUAGUUAUUGAAGAAAUUACACCGGAAAAUUGCGUCACAAACCUAGAAAGCACGUAUAAAGACAAUAAUCGACACGCUUCAAAAAAAGCGCACAUUAAUUUCGUGGAUGACCAAUGUAUUAUUAUAAAAGAAGUUUCGGCUUAUGAGUCAGAAUCUAGUUUAUCACUGGAUAGUAAACCUGAAAAUGUACGGGCAGUACCAGUGUUUUCUGGUCACGAUGUGGCUGAAACUAUAGAAAUAAUUUCAAAUGAUGCUGUUGAAAAAUUAAAUAUAGAAAAAUGUAAAAACAAUAAGGCAAUACUAAAACACAUACCGUAUGAAGCAUUUGUGUCAGAAGUCACAUCUGUAAAUGAGUUAGAAGAUAUUUUACUAAAUAAAGAAAAGAAACAACCAAAAACUGUAAACAUUACAAUUGACGAAGUAAUUGGGGUAAAUAUUACAGAACAGCCUGUUUACGAAAAAGAAAAACUGUCGUUUGAACAAAAAGUGUUUAAAACUAAAAAGGCUAUAACUGAAUAUGUUCCAAUUGAGACGGUUGACCGUUCGGAAAUUGUUACUGGAGAUUAUACUUUAGAUUUGAUACAACCGGAAAUUUCUAAAUUGCACGCAUAUCAUCAACCUAGUACAUUUGAAAGUAUAAUUUUGUACGAAACCAACAUAUCUGAAAAAGAAAAAGUAAUGAUAGACGACAAAAAACCAUUACCAUGUUCGGCAAAUACUUCGUUAAUAGUAGAUGAAGCAAUAGAGGUUACAGAAAUUAUUUCUGACAACAGACCAGAAGACAUAAUUAUUUCAAUAGUGCCUAAAGAAGAAACAGCUGAAACUAAUAUUAUACCAUUUAAACCUCUCGAGGGUCAAGACAUCAUGACUUGUGAAAAUGUAGAGACAGUAACAGAGAAUAGUCCAAUAACAGGAGUUGCGCAUAUAUCUCAAAAACCAUUUCAUGGUCUACAUACGACUUUAAUAAUAUCAUCAGAUUCAGAAAAUAAGCUUUCGGAAUUUGUGAUGCCGAAUUCAAAAAAAGCAGAAGCAAAUUAUACUGAAUUGGAUAUUCCAAUUAGUGUAGUUGAAAUUUUAACGCAAGAUAAAGAGCUAGUUUUUAAAGCCAACGAAAUCCCAUCACAUACAUUGGACAGACAAGAAAUUAUUUUAGAAGAAUGUCGGGUAACGUCAGAAACAAUGGUAUGUAGUUCUACUAGUGAUUUUGAUGAAUUUAUACCACAAUCAGUUUAUGCUUUGUCGUCUAAAAGCACUCAAGUUGCAAUUGAAUCAAUAGAAACAUCUCCUCUUGAAAAAGAAGGUGAUUUAAUGGAUGAUAAUAUACUUUCAGAGAAUCGUGCCGAUUUUGCGUAUGAAGAAGUAAAGAGCAUUCAAAUCACUGAACAAGUUCAACUCGACACCAAGCAAAACUUAAUAACUGAAAGUAUACCUAUGGAGAGAAAAAUUAAUAUUACAAUCACAGGACAAGAUGCUGCAGAAACAUUUCAAACAAAGGUAGAAAGUCCCGUUGAAGAAUUAAAAAUAGAAUUUCCAAAAGAAAAAUCUGCUAAAACUAUUCAAGAAAAAGAAGUUCAUGGCGUUGAAAUAUCUGAAAUAAUAACACAAGAGACAGAAUCUACAUUAGAUGAUAUUAAACAAUACAAAGAAAAAACAGUAAAUAUUUUAGUUGAAGAUAAUUCAGCAAGUUAUAUGGUUACUGAAAUAUUUCCUAAUGAAAAAGAAAUUCAACUUGUAGAACAAUCUCAGCCAAUUUAUCGCCAUGCUGAACAAGAUAUUUUAAGCCACGAAGGACUGCAAGUUAACGAAACAAAUAUUUCAAUUUGUGAAAAGGAAUUAAUUGAUUUUGAAUAUUCAACGAAAUUAGGUAAUCAAGUAAUAGAACCCCUUAAAUGUAUUGAAAUAUCCGAAGUAAAUGUUCAAGAACCAGAAUAUAAUUUAUUCAAAUCAGCUCAUCCAAAAAUGGAAAAUGCCAUUCAUAGUUUAAAUGAAAAUGUAGGACUUAUAAUAAAUUCUACGGUACUUAUUGAUAAAGAAAAUGAACUUAAAAUAGAUAAAUUAAAUACUAAAAAUGCAACUAAAGUUUCAAAUAUAAUUGACUAUAAAGUUCCUCAGAAAUCUGAAAAAACAACAUUGGAGUGUGUUAAACCUUUAAAAGAUAUAAUAGAAACAGUACAACAAGCAUCAUCUGAACACAUAUUAUUGGAAGGGAUAAGUACCACUGUAGUCAAUUUACAAGAUAAUGAAAUGCCAUUUGAACAAUCAACAAAAUUAAAUCAAAAAUCUGCCUCUCUAAAAUAUGAAACGGAACAAACCUUAGAUGUAACAGAAGUAUGUAUAGGGGAAUCAGAGUCAGAUUUAAUCCCUACGUCUUUACCAAGAAGCCACAUUGCAGUGAGUGAUAUUUCAGAAACUCAACAAGUUGCAUCCAGUUUUGAAAUUCUCUCUCAGAAUUCCUCUCAUAAUUUAAAUGCUCAAACAUUACCAUCCAUAAUUUCUAUAAUUCCAAAAUCUACAGAAAAUCAUAGCUUUGAAGUUACCGAAACACAGUAUCAUGAAACUGAAAUACCAUUGAAAUCUACUGAAAAUGUAUUAAAGACAUGCAGUUUUACAAUUCAAGUGGAUCAAAAUAUUGAGGUAACAGAAAUUGUAACGAACGAAUCAGAGAAAACUUUAGAUUUAGUUGAAACUAAUAAAGGCUUAGAAGCAAAUAUAGUAUUUGAAGAAAACCAGACUGUUACAAUCGAAGAAAUACAAACAUCUGACGAUGUUGCUCCGUUAACUGAAAGUGUAAGUAAACCAUUGAGUGCAAUGAAACAAUUAGAACCACUAUUAGGAAUUUUGGUAACCGAAGUUAAGUCCGAAGAGUCUGAAAUUGCGCAUGAAAAACAAAUCCAACCAAUAUUAAAACAUGUAACUCAAAUAUUGCCAGAAAAUCAAAGUUUGAAUGUUACUUCCGUAAAUUUAGUUGAAAAAGAAAGUAUACUAAAUAAAUCUAAGCAAGAAAUUCAACAAAAUGCACAAACUUUUUCGGUAUUCAGUCCUAUGAAAGCUGUUCAAUUAGAAGAAAAUAUUGUACAAAUGAGUUUGAACGAUCUAAAAACCACAACGCCCCGUGAAACAUUCUUAGAAUCAACUCAAAUUCCUUAUGAUUCUAUCAAUCAAAUAGAAAUUAGUCCAUUCGAAAAAGAAUGUGAAUUCAAAGUGACAAUGAAUCAGAAAAAAGAAGUAGCAAACAUUAAUGUGGAUACUAUAAAUAUACUUGACACAACAGAAAUUAUAACAGGUGAAAAGGAAUCUGUUUAUACUCCUUUAACAAAACCAAUAACAAGACAAGCUUUUAUUGAUAUAACUGACACUCAACCAGUCAGUAAGGUUAUUGAGGUAAAACCAGAAGAUAGUACAAGUGAAUUAAUAACUCCAAAUGUCGUUACAUUUACAGUGAAACCAGUUCAAGAAAUUGUCCAUGGUGUCGUGAUUUUCGACAAUAUAGGUCAUGAUAAAGAGGAGAUAUUUGAAGGGGAACUUAGACCAUCCUUUACUACUGCUAAAAUAAACGUAGAAAAUGAAAAAGAAACGAAAACUGUAACUGAAGUUAUAACUCAAGAAGUGGAAGGACAAGUUAAAAAUGUAGAGAUACCAUCUACUAAACAUGCUCAAAUAGAAAUAACAUCUGGGAAAGACAUAGCAGAGAAAACAGAAAUUGUAUCGAAUACUGCUUUAGGAUCAUUAAAAGAUUUUGUUACUAAAUCAUCAACUGCUGUUCCAAUACAAGAUACAUUUGAAAGUAUUCAAUCUACCAUAACUGAAACAGAGGACAAAGAAAAACCAUUCUAUUCUAAUUUAAUCUACCAAAAAUCUAAAGUGGAUAUAAAUAUUGAAGAAUCAAAAAGCGUAAAUAUAACUGAAGUGAUUGUGGAAGAUAAAGAAGGAAAAUAUAUUUCUCCAGAAAUGCCAACAGCCAACACUGCUGGGAAAUCUAUUUUACCAAAUGUAGUUGCGGAAGCAUCCAUUGUAUUAGCUAAUGAACAUUUAAAAACACUAGAUGAGUUUAAAUUAAAAGAAGAAUUGGCUAAUAUGGUAUUUGAUACACUUGAGAAUAUAUCUCAAACUGAAACAACUAUACAGGAAAGUGAAAAAUAUCUUGAACCUGUUGAACUACUUUCAAAUAAAGCUGAACUAACCAUGAUACCUAACAAUAGUUUAAUUAUAACUGAAAUAAUAACAGAUGAUAAAGAUGAAAAGUUACAUAUCAAAAAUGAACAGAGAUCACAACAAGCUAUUACAUCUUUAUCAAAAUUACACGAAGUACCACAAGUAUCAGAAAUAAUUUCAUCAAAUACAACUAGUGAUGUAUUUAUUCCUAUAAUUGAUAAUGAUCACGCAUUUAUUUCACAAGCAGAGCUAUACAAUACAGCAAUAUCAUCUGAAAUAAAAGCGCUAGAAAAAGAAAAAUUAUUUACACAAAAGCCCAAAUUGGACAUUUUUAAAGCAGAAAUUAAAUUAAAUGAAGAUAAAUCACUAAAUGUCUUUGAAACUGUCUUAAAUGAUAAAGAACUGACAUUAACAAUAAAAAAACCUUUCGAAAAACAGGCAACAUUAACUCAGUCAUUAUUUGACGUUAUAACAAUAUCAGAACAUACAGUGAAUGAAUCUGAAAUGAAUCUUGAAUCAACGAUAGUACCAGAAGUACAAGUGGUCAAUAUAUCAUUUGAAAAUAAUAAUAAUGUUCAGGUAACUGAAGCUAAUAUUGUCGACUCAGAAAUUGAUUUGUUAACACCUAUUCAAAAUACUGAAAUUGCUACAAUUCCCAAAUUAAUUACGCAACCGGUUGCAAAUGUUACGGAAAUUAUAACUAGCAUGAAUGUUCAAGAACUAACUCAAUUGAGUCAACCUGAAUAUAGCAUAGCAAGUGCAAACCAUUCAACAUUUAAAAGUAUUUUACAAACAGAGAUUGAUAUAGCAGAAUCAGAGGGUAACUUAGAAAAACCAAGAUGUAACAAAGAAAAAGCAUCAGUGAACACAGAAACAUUAGAAAACAUAAUAAUAACAGAACCAGAAGUAUCUGAAAAAGAAGAACCACUUGAAGAAUCAAGAAAAAUAGAUUUGAGACAUGCAGAACUUUUAUUAGAAGAAAUUAAAUCUAGUAUCAUUAUUUCAAAUGUAGCCAGUGAAGAUAAAGAAACUGAAUUUACUGUAGGACCAAAACGUAAACAUUCAGUGGCUAAAGUUAUUUCAGAAAACUUACAAGCAAUUACGAAUAGUGAACAAAAUGUUUCUGAAAAGGAGGGUAUUUUAUUUAUAGAAAUUCCGAAAAAUGAAACUGCAAAUGUAACAUUUGAAAAUGUUCAGUCCGAAAUCAUAGUUUCAGAUAUAAUCCCCGAGAUCAAAGAAGAAAAUUUAAAAAUAAAAGACACAUCAUAUUCUACUGCGAAGUUCGUGACGGAAAAUUUUGAAAGCCUAAUACAAAAUGAACAAACAGUUAAUGAAAAAGAACAAUUAAUAAGAUCUGAACCAAAACCAGAAAUAACUAACGCAUCAAUCUCCAUUGAAAAAGCAAAUAUAGGAGCGAUUGUUUCCGAAGUGAUAAGUAAUGAUAAAGAAAAAGAUUUUCAUGAACCACAAGUAAGAAAAAUAUCAAAAGCAUCAAUGUCUACAGAUGUAUUAAAACCUUUAGUAACAACGGAGACACAACUUUUAUCGAACGUUGACGAACUAAAAAUACAAAAAAUACUUCCCGAUAAUACAGCUAACAUAAAAUUAGAAGAAUUUAGGCACCUAACCGUACAUGAACUAGUCACUCAUGAAACAGAAUCCAAAAUAAAAGAAACAAAAAAAAUCCAAUUCAAUAUAACGCCAACAGUCAACGAGGAUAUGAUCUUAGAAUCUACCGUACUUUUAAAACAAGAAGCAAUAGACCAUCACAGAGCAUCAAUCACAGACAUACCGAUGAGCACAGAUGACAUAUUGCCAGCACUACAUGGAGAACAAAUAAAUUCAACGGUGACACAAAAACAACAAAAUCACACAAAACAACACACAAAUUUAUUAGAUACACAUGAAGAAUCUAUGCUUAUCCCCGACGAUGCCACAUCAGUCGAUAUUAAAACUACAACAGUAAUUGAGGGUGGUAAGAAAAAGGUUAUCAAAAAGAAAACUAUUAAAACUGUAAAAGACGGAGUGGAAAGUGUAGAAGUUAUAGAAUCAAAGCCUGAGAUUACCGAAAUUGUUGACGAGGAGCCUAAGCCAUUGCCAGAAUUAGAAUCUGAUAAGCCUGAAGAAGCUACCCCUAUAACCGACGAGUGUACAUCCGUCGAUAUUAAAACUACAACAGUAAUCGAGGGUGGUAAGAAAAAGGUAAUCAAAAAGAAAACUAUUAAAAAAGUGAGAGAUGGUGUAGAAAGUGUAGAAGUUAUAGAAUCCAAACCUGAGAUUACGGAAAUUGUUGACGAGGAGCCUAAGCCAUUGCCAGAAUUAGAAUCUGAUAAACCUGAGGAAGCUACUCCUAUAACCGACGAGUCUACAUCAGUCGAUAUUAAAACCACAACAGUAAUCGAGGGUGGUAAGAAAAAGGUAAUCAAAAAGAAAACUAUUAAAAAAGUGAGAGAUGGUGUAGAAAGUGUAGAAGUUAUAGAAUCCAAACCUGAGAUUACGGAAAUUGUUGACGAGGAGCCUAAGCCAUUGCCAGAAUUAGAAUCUGAUAAACCUGAGGAAGCUACCCCUAUAACCGACGAGUCUACAUCAGUCGAUAUUAAAACCACAACAGUAAUCGAGGGUGGUAAGAAAAAGGUAAUCAAAAAGAAAACUAUUAAAAAAGUGAGAGACGGUGUAGAAAGUGUAGAAGUUAUAGAAUCCAAACCUGAGAUUACAGAAAUUGUUGACGAAGAGCCUAAGCCAUUGCCAGAAUUAGAAUCUGAUAAACCUGAGGAAGCUACCCCUAUAACCGACGAGUCUACAUCAGUCGAUAUUAAAACCACAACAGUAAUCGAGGGUGGUAAGAAAAAGGUAAUCAAAAAGAAAACUAUUAAAAAAGUGAGAGACGGUGUAGAAAGUGUAGAAGUUAUAGAAUCCAAACCUGAGAUUACAGAAAUUGUUGACGAGGAGCCUAAGCCAUUGCCAGAAUUAGAAUCUGAUAAACCUGAGGAAGCUACUCCUAUAAUCGACGAGUCUACAUCAGUCGAUAUUAAAACCACAACAGUAAUCGAGGGUGGUAAGAAAAAGGUAAUCAAAAAGAAAACUAUUAAAACUGUAAAAGACGGAGUGGAAAGUGUAGAAGUUAUAGAAUCCAAACCUGAGAUUACGGAAAUUGUUGACGAGGAGCCUAAGCCAUUGCCAGAAUUAGAAUCUGAUAAACCUGAGGAAGCUACCCCUAUAAUCGACGAGUCUACAUCAGUCGAUAUUAAAACCACAACAGUAAUCGAGGGUGGCAAGAAAAAGGUAAUCAAAAAGAAAACAAUUAAAAAAGUGAGAGACGGUGUAGAAAGUGUAGAAGUUAUAGAAUCAAAGCCAGAUAUUACCGAAAUUGUUGACGAGGAGCCUAAGCCAUUGCCAGAAUUAGAAUCUGAUAAACCUGAGGAAGCUACCCCUAUAACCGACGAGUCUACAUCAGUCGAUAUUAAAACCACAACAGUAAUCGAGGGUGGUAAGAAAAAAGUUAUCAAAAAGAAAACUAUUAAAACUGUAAAAGACGGGGUGGAAAGUGUAGAAGUUAUAGAAUCCAAACCUGAGAUUACGGAAAUUGUUGACGAGGAGCCUAAGCCAUUGCCAGAAUUAGAAUCUGAUAAACCUGAGGAAGCUACCCCUAUAACCGACGAGUCUACAUCAGUCGAUAUUAAAACCACAACAGUAAUCGAGGGUGGUAAGAAAAAAGUUAUCAAAAAGAAAACUAUUAAAACUGUAAAAGACGGAGUGGAAAGUGUAGAAGUUAUAGAAUCCAAACCUGAGAUUACGGAAAUUGUUGACGAGGAGCCUAAGCCAUUGCCAGAAUUAGAAUCUGAUAAACCUGAGGAAGCUACCCCUAUAACCGACGAGUCUACAUCAGUCGAUAUUAAAACCACAACAGUAAUCGAGGGUGGUAAGAAAAAGGUAAUCAAAAAGAAAACAAUUAAAACUGUAAAAGACGGGGUGGAAAAUGUGGAAGUUAUAGAAUCCAAACCUGAGAUUACGGAAAUUGUUGACGAGGAGCCUAAGCCAUUGCCAGAAUUAGAAUCUGAUAAACCUGAGGAAGCUACCCCUAUAACCGACGAGUCUACAUCAGUCGAUAUUAAAACCACAACAGUAAUCGAGGGUGGUAAGAAAAAGGUAAUCAAAAAGAAAACAAUUAAAACUGUAAAAGACGGGGUGGAAAGUGUGGAAGUUAUAGAAUCCAAACCUGAGAUUACGGAAAUUGUUGACGAGGAGCCUAAGCCAUUGCCAGAAUUAGAAUCUGAUAAACCUGAGGAAGCUACCCCUAUAACCGACGAGUCUACAUCAGUCGAUAUUAAAACCACAACAGUAAUCGAGGGUGGUAAGAAAAAGGUAAUCAAAAAGAAAACUAUUAAAAAAGUGAGAGACGGUGUAGAAAGUGUAGAAGUUAUAGAAUCCAAACCUGAGAUUACAGAAAUUGUUGACGAGGAGCCUAAGCCAUUGCCAGAAUUAGAAUCUGAUAAACCUGAGGAAGCUACUCCUAUAAUCGACGAGUCUACAUCAGUCGAUAUUAAAACCACAACAGUAAUCGAGGGUGGUAAGAAAAAGGUAAUCAAAAAGAAAACUAUUAAAACUGUAAAAGACGGAGUGGAAAGUGUAGAAGUUAUAGAAUCCAAACCUGAGAUUACGGAAAUUGUUGACGAGGAGCCUAAGCCAUUGCCAGAAUUAGAAUCUGAUAAACCUGAGGAAGCUACCCCUAUAAUCGACGAGUCUACAUCAGUCGAUAUUAAAACCACAACAGUAAUCGAGGGUGGCAAGAAAAAGGUAAUCAAAAAGAAAACAAUUAAAAAAGUGAGAGACGGUGUAGAAAGUGUAGAAGUUAUAGAAUCAAAGCCAGAUAUUACCGAAAUUGUUGACGAGGAGCCUAAGCCAUUGCCAGAAUUAGAAUCUGAUAAACCUGAGGAAGCUACCCCUAUAACCGACGAGUCUACAUCAGUCGAUAUUAAAACCACAACAGUAAUCGAGGGUGGUAAGAAAAAGGUUAUCAAAAAGAAAACUAUUAAAACUGUAAAAGACGGGGUGGAAAGUGUAGAAGUUAUAGAAUCCAAACCUGAGAUUACGGAAAUUGUUGACGAGGAGCCUAAGCCAUUGCCAGAAUUAGAAUCUGAUAAACCUCAGGAAGCUACCCCUAUAACCGACGAGUCUACAUCAGUCGAUAUUAAAACCACAACAGUAAUCGAGGGUGGUAAGAAAAAAGUUAUCAAAAAGAAAACUAUUAAAACUGUAAAAGACGGAGUGGAAAGUGUAGAAGUUAUAGAAUCCAAACCUGAGAUUACGGAAAUUGUUGACGAGGAGCCUAAGCCAUUGCCAGAAUUAGAAUCUGAUAAACCUGAGGAAGCUACCCCUAUAACCGACGAGUCUACAUCAGUCGAUAUUAAAACCACAACAGUAAUCGAGGGUGGUAAGAAAAAGGUAAUCAAAAAGAAAACAAUUAAAACUGUAAAAGACGGGGUGGAAAAUGUGGAAGUUAUAGAAUCCAAACCUGAGAUUACGGAAAUUGUUGACGAGGAGCCUAAGCCAUUGCCAGAAUUAGAAUCUGAUAAACCUGAGGAAGCUACCCCUAUAACCGACGAGUCUACAUCAGUCGAUAUUAAAACCACAACAGUAAUCGAGGGUGGUAAGAAAAAGGUAAUCAAAAAGAAAACAAUUAAAACUGUAAAAGACGGGGUGGAAAGUGUGGAAGUUAUAGAAUCCAAACCUGAGAUUACGGAAAUUGUUGACGAGGAGCCUAAGCCAUUGCCAGAAUUAGAAUCUGAUAAGCCUGAAGAAGCUACCCCUAUAACCGACGAGUGUACAUCCGUCGAUAUUAAAACUACAACAGUAAUCGAGGGUGGUAAGAAAAAGGUAAUCAAAAAGAAAACUAUUAAAAAAGUGAGAGAUGGUGUAGAAAGUGUAGAAGUUAUAGAAUCCAAACCUGAGAUUACGGAAAUUGUUGACGAGGAGCCUAAGCCAUUGCCAGAAUUAGAAACUGAUAAACCUGAGGAAGAUACUCCUAUAACCGACGAGUCUAGAUCAGUCGAUAUUAAAACCACAACAGUAAUCGAGGGUGGUAAGAAAAAGGUAAUCAAAAAGAAAACUAUUAAAAAAGUGAGAGAUGGUGUAGAAAGUGUAGAAGUUAUAGAAUCCAAACCUGAGAUUACGGAAAUUGUUGACGAGGAGCCUAAGCCAUUGCCAGAAUUAGAAUCUGAUAAACCUGAGGAAGCUACUCCUAUAAUCGACGAGUCUACAUCAGUCGAUAUUAAAACCACAACAGUAAUCGAGGGUGGUAAGAAAAAGGUAAUCAAAAAGAAAACAAUUAAAACUGUAAAAGACGGGGUGGAAAGUGUAGAAGUUAUAGAAUCCAAACCUGAGAUUACCGAAGUUGUUGACGAGGAGUCUAAGCCAUUGCCAGAAUUAGAAUCUGUUAAACCUGAAGAAGCUACCCCUAUAACUGACGAGUCUACAUCAGUCGAUAUUAAAACCACAACAGUAAUCGAGGGUGGUAAGAAAAAGGUAAUCAAAAAGAAAACAAUUAAAACUGUAAAAGACGGGGUGGAAAGCGUGGAAGUUAUAGAAUCCAAACCUGAGAUUACGGAAAUUGUUGACGAGGAGCCUAAGCCAUUGCCAGAAUUAGAAUCUGAUAAACCUGAGGAAGCUACCCCUAUAAUCGACGAGUCUACAUCAGUCGAUAUUAAAACCACAACAGUAAUCGAGGGUGGUAAGAAAAAGGUAAUCAAAAAGAAAACAAUUAAAAAAGUGAGAGACGGUGUAGAAAGUGUAGAAGUUAUAGAAUCCAAACCUGAGAUUACGGAAAUUGUUGACGAGGAGCCUAAGCCAUUGCCAGAAUUAGAAUCUGAUAAACCUGAGGAAGCUACUCCUAUAACCGACGAGUCUACAUCAGUCGAUAUUAAAACCACAACAGUAAUCGAGGGUGGUAAGAAAAAGGUAAUCAAAAAGAAAACAAUUAAAAAAGUGAGAGACGGUGUAGAAAGUGUAGAAGUUAUAGAAUCCAAACCUGAGAUUACCGAAGUUGUUGACGAGGAGUCUAAGCCAUUGCCAGAAUUAGAAUCUGUUAAACCUGAAGAAGCUACCCCUAUAACUGACGAGUCUACAUCAGUCGAUAUUAAAACCACAACAGUAAUCGAGGGUGGUAAGAAAAAGGUAAUCAAAAAGAAAACAAUUCAAACUGUAAAAGACGGGGUGGAAAGUGUAGAAGUUAUAGAAUCCAAACCUGAGAUUACAGAAAUUGUUGACGAGGAGCCUAAGCCAUUGCCAGAAUUAGAAUCUGAUAAACCUGAGGAAGCUACUCCUAUAACCGACGAGUCUACAUCAGUCGAUAUUAAAACCACAACAGUAAUCGAGGGUGGUAAGAAAAAGGUAAUCAAAAAGAAAACUAUUAAAACUGUAAAAGAUGGAGUGGAAAGUGUCGAAGUUAUAGAAUCCAAACCUGAGAUUACGGAAAUUGUUGACGAGGAGCCUAAGCCAUUGCCAGAAUUAGAAUCCGAUAAACCUGAGGAAGCUACUCCUAUAACCGACGAGUCUACAUCAGUCGAUAUUAAAACCACAACAGUAAUCGAGGGUGGUAAGAAAAAGGUAAUCAAAAAGAAAACUAUUAAAAAAGUGAGAGAUGGUGUAGAAAGUGUAGAAGUUAUAGAAUCAAAGCCAGAUAUUACCGAAAUUGUUGACGAGGAGCCUAAGCCAUUGCCAGAAUUAGAAUCUGAUAAACCUGAGGAAGCUACCCCUAUAACCGACGAGUCUACAUCAGUCGAUAUUAAAACCACAACAGUAAUCGAGGGUGGUAAGAAAAAGGUUAUCAAAAAGAAAACUAUUAAAACUGUAAAAGACGGAGUGGAAAGUGUAGAAGUUAUAGAAUCCAAACCUGAGAUUACUGAAAUUGUUGACGAGGAGCCUAAGCCAUUGCCAGAAUUAGAAUCUGAUAAACCUGAGGAAGCUACCCCUAUAACCGACGAGUCUACAUCAGUCGAUAUUAAAACCACAACAGUAAUCGAGGGUGGUAAGAAAAAGGUAAUCAAAAAGAAAACAAUUAAAACUGUAAAAGACGGGGUGGAAAGUGUGGAAGUUAUAGAAUCCAAACCUGAGAUUACGGAAAUUGUUGACGAGGAGCCUAAGCCAUUGCCAGAAUUAGAAUCUGAUAAACCUGAGGAAGCUACCCCUAUAAUCGACGAGUCUACAUCAGUCGAUAUUAAAACCACAACAGUAAUCGAGGGUGGUAAGAAAAAGGUAAUCAAAAAGAAAACUAUUAAAAAAGUGAGAGAUGGUGUAGAAAGUGUAGAAGUUAUAGAAUCAAAGCCAGAUAUUACCGAAAUUGUUGACGAGGAGCCUAAGCCAUUGCCAGAAUUAGAAUCUGAUAAACCUGAGGAAGCUACCCCUAUAAUCGACGAGUCUACAUCAGUCGAUAUUAAAACCACAACAGUAAUCGAGGGUGGUAAGAAAAAGGUAAUCAAAAAGAAAACAAUUAAAACUGUAAAAGACGGGGUGGAAAGUGUAGAAGUUAUGGAAUCCAAACCUGAGAUUACGGAAAUUGUUGACGAGGAGCCUAAGCCAUUGCCAGAAUUAGAAUCUGAUAAACCUGAGGAAGCUACUCCUAUAACCGACGAGUCUACAUCAGUCGAUAUUAAAACCACAACAGUAAUCGAGGGUGGUAAGAAAAAGGUAAUCAAAAAGAAAACAAUUAAAACUGUAAAAGACGGGGUGGAAAGUGUAGAAGUUAUAGAAUCAAAGCCUGAGAUUACGGAAAUUGUUGACGAGGAGCCUAAGCCAUUGCCAGAAUUAGAAUCUGAUAAACCUGAGGAAGCUACUCCUAUAACCGACGAGUCUACAUCAGUCGAUAUUAAAACCACAACAGUAAUCGAGGGUGGUAAGAAAAAGGUAAUCAAAAAGAAAACAAUUAAAACUGUAAAAGACGGAGUGGAAAGUGUAGAAGUUACAGAAUCCAAACCUGAGAUUACGGAAAUUGUUGACGAGGAGCCUAAGCCAUUGCCAGAAUUAGAAUCUGAUAAACCUGAGGAAGUUACCCCUAUAACCGACGAGUCUACAUCAGUCGAUAUUAAAACCACAACAGUAAUCGAGGGUGGUAAGAAAAAAGUUAUCAAAAAGAAAACUAUUAAAAAAGUGAGAGACGGUGUAGAAAGUGUAGAAGUUAUAGAAUCCAAACCUGAGAUUACCGAAGUUGUUGACGAGGAGUCUAAGCCAUUGCCAGAAUUAGAAUCUGUUAAACCUGAAGAAGCUACCCCUAUAACUGACGAGUCUACAUCAGUCGAUAUUAAAACCACAACAGUAAUCGAGGGUGGUAAGAAAAAGGUAAUCAAAAAGAAAACAAUUCAAACUGUAAAAGACGGGGUGGAAAGUGUAGAAGUUAUAGAAUCCAAACCUGAGAUUACAGAAAUUGUUGACGAGGAGCCUAAGCCAUUGCCAGAAUUAGAAUCUGAUAAACCUGAGGAAGCUACUCCUAUAACCGACGAGUCUACAUCAGUCGAUAUUAAAACCACAACAGUAAUCGAGGGUGGUAAGAAAAAGGUAAUCAAAAAGAAAACAAUUAAAACUGUAAAAGACGGGGUGGAAAGUGUAGAAGUUAUAGAAUCAAAGCCUGAGAUUACGGAAAUUGUUGACGAGGAGCCUAAGCCAUUGCCAGAAUUAGAAUCUGAUAAACCUGAGGAAGCUACUCCUAUAACCGACGAGUCUACAUCAGUCGAUAUUAAAACCACAACAGUAAUCGAGGGUGGUAAGAAAAAAGUUAUCAAAAAGAAAACUAUUAAAACUGUAAAAGACGGAGUGGAAAGUGUAGAAGUUAUAGAAUCCAAACCUGAGAUUACGGAAAUUGUUGACGAGGAGCCUAAGCCAUUGCCAGAAUUAGAAUCUGAUAAACCUGAGGAAGCUACUCCUAUAACCGACGAGUCUACAUCAGUCGAUAUUAAAACCACAACAGUAAUCGAGGGUGGUAAGAAAAAGGUAAUCAAAAAGAAAACUAUUAAAACUGUAAAAGACGGAGUGGAAAGUGUAGAAGUUAUAGAAUCCAAACCUGAGAUUACGGAAAUUGUUGACGAGGAGCCUAAGCCAUUGCCAGAAUUAGAAUCUGAUAAACCUGAGGAAGCUACUCCUAUAACCGACGAGUCUACAUCAGUCGAUAUUAAAACCACAACAGUAAUCGAGGGUGGUAAGAAAAAGGUAAUCAAAAAGAAAACAAUUAAAACUGUAAAAGACGGGGUGGAAAGUGUAGAAGUUAUAGAAUCAAAGCCUGAGAUUACGGAAAUUGUUGACGAGGAGUCUAAGCCAUUGCCAGAAUUAGAAUCUGAUAAACCUGAGGAAGCUACUCCUAUAACAGACGAGUCUACAUCAGUCGAUAUUAAAACCACAACAGUAAUCGAGGGUGGUAAGAAAAAGGUAAUCAAAAAGAAAACUAUUAAAAAAGUGAGAGAUGGUGUAGAAAGUGUAGAAGUUAUAGAAUCCAAACCUGAGAUUACGGAAAUUGUUGACGAGGAGCCUAAGCCAUUGCCAGAAUUAGAAUCUGAUAAACCUGAAGAAGCUACUCCUAUAACCGACGAGUCUACAUCAGUCGAUAUUAAAACCACAACAGUAAUCGAGGGUGGUAAGAAAAAGGUAAUCAAAAAGAAAACAAUUAAAACUGUAAAAGACGGGGUGGAAAGUGUAGAAGUUAUAGAAUCAAAGCCUGAGAUUACGGAAAUUGUUGACGAGGAGCAUAAGCCAUUGCCAGAAUUAGAAUCUGAUAAACCUGAGGAAGCUACUCCUAUAACCGACGAUUCUACAUCAGUCGAUAUUAAAACCACAACAGUAAUCGAGGGUGGUAAGAAAAAGGUAAUCAAAAAGAAAACUAUUAAAACUGUAAAAGACGGAGUGGAAAGUGUAGAAGUUAUAGAAUCAAAGCCUGAGAUUACGGAAAUUGUUGACGAGGAGCCUAAGCCAUUGCCAGAAUUAGAAUCUGAUAAAUCUGAGGAAGCUACUCCUAUAACCGACGAUUCUACAUCAGUCGAUAUUAAAACCACAACAGUAAUCGAGGGUGGGAAGAAAAAGGUUAUCAAAAAGAAAACUAUUAAAAAAGUGAGAGAUGGUGUAGAAAGUGUAGAAGUUAUAGAAUCCAAACCUGAGAUUACGGAAAUUGUUGACGAGGAGCCUAAGCCAUUGCCAGAAUUAGAAUCUGAUAAACCUGAGGAAGCUACUCCUAUAACCGACGAUUCUACAUCAGUCGAUAUUAAAACCACAACAGUAAUCGAGGGUGGUAAGAAAAAAGUUAUCAAAAAGAAAACUAUUAAAACUGUAAAAGACGGAGUGGAAAGUGUAGAAGUUAUAGAAUCCAAACCUGAGAUUACAGAAAUUGUUGACGAGGAGCCUAAGCCAUUGCCAGAAUUAGAAUCUGAUAAACCUGAGGAAGCUACCCCUAUAACCGACGAGUCUACAUCAGUCGAUAUUAAAACCACAACAGUAAUCGAGGGUAAGAAAAAGGUUAUCAAAAAGAAAACUAUUAAAAAAGUGAGAGAUGGUGUAGAAAGUGUAGAAUUUAUAGAAUCCAAACCUGAGAUUACGGAAAUUGUUGACGAGGAGCCUAAGCCAUUGCCAGAAUUAGAAUCUGAUAAACCUGAGGAAGCUACCCCUAUAAUCGACGAGUCUACAUCAGUCGAUAUUAAAACCACAACAGUAAUCGAGGGUGGUAAGAAAAAGGUAAUCAAAAAGAAAACUAUUAAAAAAGUGAGAGAUGGUGUAGAAAGUGUAGAAGUUAUAGAAUCCAAACCUGAGAUUACGGAAAUUGUUGACGAGGAGCCUAAGCCAUUGCCAGAAUUAGAAUCUGAUAAACCUGAAGAAGCUACUCCUAUAACCGACGAGUCUACAUCAGUCGAUAUUAAAACCACAACAGUAAUCGAGGGUGGUAAGAAAAAGGUAAUCAAAAAGAAAACAAUUAAAACUGUAAAAGACGGGGUGGAAAGUGUAGAAGUUAUAGAAUCAAAGCCUGAGAUUACGGAAAUUGUUGACGAGGAGCAUAAGCCAUUGCCAGAAUUAGAAUCUGAUAAACCUGAGGAAGCUACUCCUAUAACCGACGAUUCUACAUCAGUCGAUAUUAAAACCACAACAGUAAUCGAGGGUGGUAAGAAAAAGGUAAUCAAAAAGAAAACUAUUAAAACUGUAAAAGACGGAGUGGAAAGUGUAGAAGUUAUAGAAUCAAAGCCUGAGAUUACGGAAAUUGUUGACGAGGAGCCUAAGCCAUUGCCAGAAUUAGAAUCUGAUAAAUCUGAGGAAGCUACUCCUAUAACCGACGAUUCUACAUCAGUCGAUAUUAAAACCACAACAGUAAUCGAGGGUGGGAAGAAAAAGGUUAUCAAAAAGAAAACUAUUAAAAAAGUGAGAGAUGGUGUAGAAAGUGUAGAAGUUAUAGAAUCCAAACCUGAGAUUACGGAAAUUGUUGACGAGGAGCCUAAGCCAUUGCCAGAAUUAGAAUCUGAUAAACCUGAGGAAGCUACUCCUAUAACCGACGAUUCUACAUCAGUCGAUAUUAAAACCACAACAGUAAUCGAGGGUGGUAAGAAAAAGGUAAUCAAAAAGAAAACUAUUAAAACUGUAAAAGACGGAGUGGAAAGUGUAGAAGUUAUAGAAUCAAAGCCUGAGAUUACGGAAAUUGUUGACGAGGAGCCUAAGCCAUUGCCAGAAUUAGAAUCUGAUAAAUCUGAGGAAGCUACUCCUAUAACCGACGAUUCUACAUCAGUCGAUAUUAAAACCACAACAGUAAUCGAGGGUGGGAAGAAAAAGGUUAUCAAAAAGAAAACUAUUAAAAAAGUGAGAGAUGGUGUAGAAAGUGUAGAAGUUAUAGAAUCCAAACCUGAGAUUACGGAAAUUGUUGACGAGGAGCCUAAGCCAUUGCCAGAAUUAGAAUCUGAUAAACCUGAGGAAGUUACCCCAAUAACCGACGAGUCUACAUCAGUCGAUAUUAAAACCACAACAGUAAUCGAGGGUGGUAAGAAAAAAGUUAUCAAAAAGAAAACUAUUAAAACUGUAAAAGACGGAGUGGAAAGUGUAGAAGUUAUAGAAUCCAAACCUGAGAUUACAGAAAUUGUUGACGAGGAGCCUAAGCCAUUGCCAGAAUUAGAAUCUGAUAAACCUGAGGAAGCUACCCCUAUAACCGACGAGUCUACAUCAGUCGAUAUUAAAACCACAACAGUAAUCGAGGGUAAGAAAAAGGUUAUCAAAAAGAAAACUAUUAAAAAAGUGAGAGAUGGUGUAGAAAGUGUAGAAUUUAUAGAAUCCAAACCUGAGAUUACGGAAAUUGUUGACGAGGAGCCUAAGCCAUUGCCAGAAUUAGAAUCUGAUAAACCUGAGGAAGCUACCCCUAUAACCGACGAGUCUACAUCAGUCGAUAUUAAAACCACAACAGUUAUCGAGGGUGGAAAGAAGAAGGUUAUCAAAAAGAAAAUUACUAAAAAAGUGAGAGAUGGUGUAGAAAGUGUAGAAGUUAUAGAAUCAAAGCCUGAGAUAAGCGAAAUAGUUGACGUGGAACAAAAGUCAUUGCCUGAAAUGAUAUCUUUCAAGCUGCAUGAAGCUAUGAUACCUGAUGUACACUUAGCAACACAUCCCAUUACACACUUUCACGAUGACACAUCACAAACAUAUGAUAGCAUGUUACAUGACGAUGUACAAUCUACAUCUCCAGUUUAUAUUUCAGACAGUCUCAUGUCAGGUGAAUUAGUUAAAGACAGUUUAAAAGAAGAAUUGACUGAUAAAUUGAUCGAGUCUCCUAUAGAUUCUCAUACAUCAAAACCAAUGGUCAAGCCUACAAUUAUUGAUAAAAUAGAUACUACUCCUAAAGAAAUUGAUAUUAAAGAAGCAUUUUCGACCUUAAAACCAAGAAAGAAAAAGUCCGUUUCUGAUGAAGAAGAAAUAGUUAGUGUUACGUUCAUUCCAAAACAAACUAAACCCAAAGAGAUAAUUGAACAAGAGUUUAGUAUCAAAGCCCAAACAUAUGAAGAAGAAGAAAUUUCCAUGACCGGUAAUGUAAAACUUCAUCGAAAGUCAGUUAUAGAAGAACCUAUAAAAUCAUUGACUAUAAAUGAAGUUACGGAAAUUCAAUUAAAACCAGAUGAUCUUAUUAAGAAACUAAAUGAACAAAACUCUCCCGAUGAAAAAGUUCUGCCCUAUAGUCCUCUUGAAAAAAUAACAAAACCAGUUGAAGAAACUUUUGAAGAAAACUUAACUGAUCAUGAUACCUCUGAAAUGCCAAAAGAAAUUACAAACGAGCUUGAAAUUGUUUAUGUCGAACAUGAACCAAGAAGAAAACAUUCAAUAAUUUAUGAUGAAGCAGUUAAUGAUAUCACUAAUAAAGAUAUUGAAACUAUUAUAAAAGAAGAAGAACAGCCUACAGAAGAAGUCGAAGUCGAGUUAAAACCAAAACGAAAGACUUCUCCCAAAAAGGAAUCAAAAGAAAAAUCUCCAGACGAAUCUUCUGUAGUUCUAAAACGACCAAAAAAGAAAGACGAAAUUCCACAAGAACAAGAACCUAGCGAAGAUGUUUUUAAAAUUAAAAAAACAAUUGAAAAGCCAGAACAACUUCAAGAAGUAACAGAAACGGUUGAUGUAAAAAAUGAACCUAAGAGAAAACCAUCAAUAAAGAAAGAAGAAGCAGCAGACGAGAUAACAGUUGAACAAAUUGAAACUAUUGUAAAAGAAGAAGAACAGCCUACAGAAGAAGUCGAAGUCAAGUUAAAACCAAAACGAAAAGGUUCUCUCAAAAAGGAAUCCAAAGAAAAAUCUCCAGAAAAAUCUUCUGUAGUUCUAAAACGACCAAAAAAGAAAGACGAAAUUCCACAAGAAGAAGAACCUAGCGAAGAUGUUUUUACAAUUACAAAAACAAUUGAAAAGCCAGAAGAACUUCAAGAAGUAACAGAAACGGUUGAUGUUAAAUUUGAACCGAGAAGAAAACCAUCAAUAAAGAAAGAAGAAGCAGCAGACGAGAUAACAGUUCAACAAAUUGAAACUAUUGUAAAAGAAGAAGAACAGCCUACAGAAGAAAUCGAAGUCAAAUUAAAACCAAAACGAAAGACUUCUCUCAAAAAGGAAUCAAAAGAUAAAUCUCCAGAAGAAUCUUCUGUAGUUCUAAAACGACCAAAAAAGAAAGACGAAAUUCCACAAGAACAAGAACCUAUCGAAGAUGUUUUUACAAUUACAAAAACAAUUGAAAAGCCAGAAGAACUUCAAGUGGUAACUGAAACGGUUGAUGUUAAAAUUGAACCGAGAAGAAAACCAUCAAUAAAAAAAGAAGAAGCAGCAGACGAGAUAACAAUUGAACAAAUUGAAACUAUUGUAAAAGAAGAACAGCCUACAGAAGAAGUCGAAGUCAAGUUAAAACCAAAACGAAAGACUUCUAUCAAAAAGGAAACAAAAGAAAAGUCUCCAGAACAAUCUGCUGUACUUCUUAAACGACCAAAGAAGAAAGAGGAAAUAUCUCAGCCUCUAGAAGAACAAGAAGAAGUGCUCACGUUUAAGAAAACAAUUGAAAAGCCAGAAGAACUUCAAGAGUUAACUGAAACGGUUGAUGUAAAAAUUGAACCAAGAAGAAAACCAUCAAUAAAGAAAGAAGAAGCAGCAGACGAGAUAACAGUUGAACAAAUUGAAACUAUUGUAAAAGAAGAAGAACAGCCUACAGAAGAAGUCGAAGUCAAGUUAAAACCAAAACGAAAGACUUCUCUCAAAAAGGAAUCAAAAGAAAAAUCUCCUGAAGAAUCUUCUGUAGUUCUAAAACGACCAAAAAAGAAAGAAGAAAUUCCACAAAAACAAGAACCUAGCGAAGAUGUGUUUACAAUUACAAAAACAAUUGAAAAGCCAGAACAACUUCAAGAAGUAACAGAAACGGUUGAUGUAAAAAUUGAACCUAGAAGAAAACCAUCAAUAAAGAAAGAAGAAGCAGCAGACGAGAUAACAAUUGAACAAAUUGAAACUAUUGUAAAAGAAGAAGAACAUCCUACAGAAGAAAUCGAUGUCCAAUUAAAACCAAAACGAAAGACUUCUCUCAAAAAGGAAUCAAAAGAAAAAUCUCCAGAAGAAUCUUCUGUAGUUCUAAAACGACCAAAAAAGAAAGACGAAAUUCCACAAGAACAAGAACCUAUCGAAGAUGUUUUUACAAUUACAAAAACAAUUGAGAAGCCAGAAGAACUUCAAGAGGUAACUGAAACGGUUGAUGUAAAAAUUGAACCAAGAAGAAAACCAUCAAUAAAGAAAGAAGAAGCAGCAGACGAGAUAACAGUUGAACAAAUUGAAACUAUUGUAAAAGAAGAAGAACAGCCUACAGAAGAAGUCGAAGUCAAGUUAAAACCAAAACGAAAGACUUCUCUCAAAAAGGAAUCAAAAGAAAAAUCUCCUGAAGAAUCUUCUGUAGUUCUAAAACGACCAAAAAAGAAAGAAGAAAUUCCACAAAAACAAGAACCUAGCGAAGAUGUGUUUACAAUUACAAAAACAAUUGAAAAGCCAGAACAACUUCAAGAAGUAACAGAAACGGUUGAUGUAAAAAUUGAACCUAGAAGAAAACCAUCAAUAAAGAAAGAAGAAGCAGCAGACGAGAUAACAAUUGAACAAAUUGAAACUAUUGUAAAAGAAGAAGAACAUCCUACAGAAGAAAUCGAUGUCCAAUUAAAACCAAAACGAAAGACUUCUCUCAAAAAGGAAUCAAAAGAAAAAUCUCCAGAAGAAUCUUCUGUAGUUCUAAAACGACCAAAAAAGAAAGACGAAAUUCCACAAGAACAAGAACCUAUCGAAGAUGUUUUUACAAUUACAAAAACAAUUGAGAAGCCAGAAGAACUUCAAGAGGUAACUGAAACGGUUGAUGUAAAAAUUGAACCGAGAAGAAAACCAUCAAUAAAGAAAGAAGAAGCAGCAGACGAGAUAACAAUUGAACAAAUUGAAACUAUUGUAAAAGAAGAAGAACAGCCUACAGAAGAAGUCGAAGUUGAGUUAAAACCAAAACGAAAGACUUCUAUCAAAAAGGAAACGAAAGAAAAGUCUCCAGAACAAUCUUCUGUACUUCUUAAACGACCAAAGAAGAAAGAGGAAAUAUCUCAGCCUCUAGAAGAACAAGAAGAAGUGUUCACGUUUAAGAAAACAAUUGAAAAGCCAGAAGAACUUCAAGCGGUAACUGAAACGGUUGAUGUAAAAAUUGAACCGAGAAGAAAACCAUCAAUAAAGAAAGAAGAAGCAGCAGACGAGAUAACAAUUGAACAAAUUGAAACUAUUGUAAAAGAAGAAGAACAGCCUACAGAAGAAGUCGAAGUUGAGUUAAAACCAAAACGAAAGACUUCUAUCAAAAAGGAAACGAAAGAAAAGUCUCCAGAACAAUCUUCUGUACUUCUUAAACGACCAAAGAAGAAAGAGGAAAUAUCUCAGCCUCUAGAAGAACAAGAAGAAGUGUUCACGUUUAAGAAAACAAUUGAAAAGCCAGAAGAACUUCAAGAGGUAACUGAAACGGUUGAUGUAAAAAUUGAACCGAGAAGAAAACCAUCAAAAAAGAAAGAAGAAGCAGCAGACGAGAUAACAAUUGAACAAAUGGAAACUAUUGUAAAAGAAGAAGAACAGCCCACAGUUGAGUUAAGACAAAAACGAAAGACUUCCCUCAAAAAGGAAACAAAAGAAAAAUCUCCAGAACAAUCUUCUGUAAUUGUUAAACGUCCUGUGAAAAAAGUAGAAAAACCAAAUGAAAUAGGUCAACACGAAGAAGUUUUCACAAUUAAAAAAACACCCGAACAAUCAAUGUUAUUGGACGAAGAAUUCUCUGAAACUGUAGAGUUUAAAAUGAAACCAAAACGUAAUUCGUCGGUUUAUAAUAUAGAUGAAGGAACUGAGGAAUUAUUUCAAAUAGAUUUAAAACCCAAAAAGGAAUUGCAGGAUAUAAUAAUUUACGAAGAAGAGUCGUUAGAUUUUAAAGUUAAACGAAAGCCUUCAUUACAAUCUUUUAGUCAAGAUGGAGCCGAAUUGAAAAUAAUUCAAGAAAAAGAUAUUUUUGUGAAGGAUAAUUCCACUUUACAAGAAGAUAGUCAUGAUGGUGAGAUAAUGUUUGCAAUCCGCUCAUACAUUGCUGAAAAUGAAGAUGCUUUAGACUUAGUUGAAGGUGAAAAAGUUUAUGUUAUAGAAAGCAAUAACCAAGAAUGGUGGUUUGUUAAAAAACAUUUAACGGAAGAAAAAGGAUGGGUUCCUUCUAUUUAUUUGAGAGAUGAAACCAGCUACAUGCGGUACGUUCAAAAGAAAUUACAUGAAAAGAUUGAUAAACUACCAAUUUUCCAAAGGCAUGCUUCAACAGAAAAACCUUCAGCUCCACGUUUUGUUCAAAAACUCCAACCUAAACAUGUGCCAGAUGGUGGCACUGUUCAGUUUGAAUGUCAUGUGGAAGGAAAUCCUAGGCCUCAAAUCACAUGGUUUAGGCAAACAGCAAUAAUUAAACCCUCUCAAGAUUUCCAAAUAUUCUAUGAUGAAGACAAUGUAGCAACGUUAAUAAUUAGAGAAGUUUUUCCUGAAGAUGCUGGCACAUUUACGUGUGUUGCAAAAAACGUAGCUGGAUUUGCAUCUAGUACUACAGAGUUAACCGUUGAAGCUCCAUUGUCAGACCAUGGUUCUGAUGUAACAGGUCUCUCUAGAAAGAGCAUGUCUAGAGAAUCGUCAUUAGCUGAUAUACUAGAAGGUAUACCACCAACGUUUUCACGUAAACCAAAAGCUACGUGUGCAUCAGAACACUCAGAUGUUACAAUUGAAUGUCGUCUUGUAGCUGUGCCAGAACCAGAUAUAUUCUGGCAUUACAAUGGUAAAGAAAUUUCGAUCACAGAUUCCAUAAAAGUGAAUACCUACUCAGAUAUGCACUUCUAUGUGAGCUGCAUUAAAAUUAAUGACGUCCUAAAGACUCAAGAAGGUGUCUACUCUGUAAUAGCAAGAAAUAGAGAGGGUGAGGCUAAAAUGGAUUUGGUUCUCAAAGUUAAAACUGGAUUACCAGAGAAACCACAAAUACUUGAACCUUUAUACGACAUAACUAUAAACGAGGGAGAGACUGCCGUUUUGAGUACUCAAAUUAGUGGAGAGCCCCAGCCUAUGGUCGAAUGGCUAAAAAACAGUAAGAAAAUAACAGAUAUCAAAACUGUUGUGACCAAAGAUGGUGUCCAUUCAUUAACCAUCGAUAACCCAACUCCACGCGAUUCCGCAAAAUACACUGUUAUCGCUUCAAACAAGCUUGGUAACGCACAAACCACGUGUUUCCUGGCAGUUGAAGAACUCCCUGGUCCGCAAGCGCCACUGUUUAUUGAACGUUUCCAAGAACAAACAGUCAAAGAAAAGGGAACUAUUACAUUAAUUGCUAAGGUAACCGGAAAUCCAGUUCCAAUUGUUUCUUGGUUCAGAAAUAAUAAACCAUUACUUGCUUCAUCAAAGAAAAAAGAAGUAUUUGAUGGUGAAAAUAUAGUUUUGGAAAUCGUAAAUGCUGACAGUGAAGAAGACGCCGGUGAUUACAAAUGUGUAGCAUCAAACACAUUUGGUACUGCCACACAUGGUGCUAGGGUUUCGGUUGAUGUACCACAAGUGAAAUUCACCCGACCAUUGAUAGACGUGGAAGUCGAUGAAAAACAAUCAAUUUAUUUAGAAUGUGAAACAUCACACACAGUUUCCACAAAAUGGCAAUUGAAUGGCAAAGACCUCACUGGUAUGGACCAUAGAGAAUUGCACCAAGAAGGACGAUUCCAUCGUUUAAUUAUCAAAAAAUCAAGCAUUCUCGAUUCUGGAAAAUACACUUGUCUGGUUAAAGACCAGAUUACUUCCAGCACAGUAGUAGUUCACGAUGUAAAAGCAGAGUUUGUUAAGAAACUUGAAGAUGUUGAAGUAAAAGAGAACGAUUGUGCUAUUUUGGAGGUUGAAGUUUCUUCAGAAACAGUAAAUGUUACUUGGCACAAGAACGGUGAAAUGCUUACGGACGGUAUGAACAAUAAAGUAUUCUUCGAAAAGGAAGGUCAAACACGUAAGCUAAUUAUUCGAAGCAUAUCUGUUCACGAUGACGGUGAAUAUACGUGUUCAUUGGGUGAACAAGAAUGUACAGCAGAAAUAAAUGUUAUAGAGCUUGCACCACAAAUAAUAAAGAAACUAAAAGAUCAAAAAGUUGCUACCGGUGAACAAGUGUUAUUUGAAAUAGAAUUAACUAAAGGUGAUGCAUUAGUUAAAUGGACCAAAGAUGGCAAGGAAUUACAGUUAAAUAACAAUGUGAGAUUAACCAUUGAUGGCAAACGACAAAAAUUAGAGAUAGUCAAAGCUACAAGAACUGAUACUGGGGUUUAUGGAUGUCAAGUUCAUGAACAAACUUGUACAGCUAAAUUAACGGUUGAAGAACCAAGAGCCAGUUUUGUGAAAAAAUUACCCGAUAUCACACUCGCCGUUCAAGGUAGUGAUAUUAAACUUACAAUUGAGCUUUCCAAGCAGGAUGUACCAGUGAAAUGGCUAAGAUCAGGUAAAGUAAUAAAAGAAUCUGAUAAAUACGAAAUAAUUUCUGAAGGAGCCGUCCAUACCUUAAUUAUUAAAAAACCUACUACUGAUGACGAAGCAGAAUAUAUAUGUACUGCUGUUAACGUAAAAACAUCAACGAAAUUAAAAGUUGAAGUUAAAGAAGAGCCACCCAAAAUAAAUAACCUUCCAAAAGAAUAUCGUUUGAAAAAUGGGGAAGAUCUAAACGUGGAUGUAACAUUUACAUCAACACCGUUGCCGACAAUGGAAUGGUUUAUCAACGGAAGUGUACUAAUAAAAACAAAUAGAGUGUCCUAUUCUAUUAGUGAAUCAUCGGCGAGUUUGACAAUCUCGAAGAUAGAAGAAGUAGACACGGGUGUCCUAACAUUAAAAUUAAAAAAUAUUUAUGGUGAAACUACUGCGGAUAUGAACAUUAUUGUUAUUAAGGUACCUGGAGAACCAGGUGUUCCAGAUGUUAUUGAAGUCACUGACACUUCAGUUACACUUCACUGGAAACCACCACAAUUUGAUGGAAAUUCACCUAUUGAAGGUUACGUUGUUGAAUACCACGACAAAGAUGAAUUUAUGGUGUGGCAUAAAGUACAAGUGACAGAUACCACACACGAAGUCACAAGUUUAGUAACUGGACAUGAAAUAAUGUUCAAAGUGGCAGCGAUAAAUUGUGCUGGAAUAGGUCCUUCAUCACACAAUACAAAAUAUAUCAAGAUGGCAAGUCCAGGAUCAUUUACUCCACCUGUUAUUCAGGAACCUUUAUCUGAUUUAUCAAUUGGAAUGGGUAAAUCGGCAGUGCUCCAAUGUGUAAUUACUGGGAAACCCACGCCGGAUAUUAAAUGGCUUAAGAACAAAACAUUAUAUAAAACAAAGACAACGACCUUUGAAAACCAUGUGGCUAAGUUGACGAUCGCCGAGUGCAACGAAUCUACAACAGGUACUUACACCUGCCAAGCAACCAACGGAGCCGGUACUGCCCAAACAUCGUGCAAACUCAGCGUACAAGACGUACCUAAAAUUGAAGUCCAUGAAUCGGAGACUUCGCAAAUGAUUAGGGUGCGUAAUCAGUGGAAGGUCAAAGCUACAUACAAGGGUUAUCCAAAGCCAACCAUUUCGUGGCAGAAGAACAGCCAACCGUUACCGGUGGCUGAUAAACACAUAAGCGUAUAUGACGACAACGACGAAUGGUCAUCAACAAUAGCUAUUUACUCGGCGGAAAGACCUGACACCGGCAUCUACACGAUAACCGCAUCAAAUGCAGCCGGCACGGCCACGUGCAAUCUGAACCUCAAAGUUAUUGAUAAACCAAGCGCGCCGCAAGGCCCGAUGCGCAUCAAAGAAAUCAACUCGGACUCUGUGACGAUCGAGUGGAACAAGCCAUCCGAUGAUGGUGGGUUGGACAUAUCAGCAUAUCAGGUUGAAAGGUGCAACGUGGGCAAGAUGAUCUGGUCCAAGGUGGCUGACGUAGACCACGACGUGUCAGCUUACAGCGUGCAAAAGUUACACGAAGACGCCGAGUACAUGUUUAGGGUUUGCGCUCAAAACGCAGUUGGCGCAUCAGACUUUUUGGACAGCGAACCUGUCACCGUCAAAUGCCGAUACCAUAAACCCUCAGCGCCACAGGGUCCUUUGCAGAUCACGGGUGUGACGGAUACGUCGUCAACAAUCGCUUGGUUACCACCUUUGGAUAAUGGUGGAAUAGCGAUCGAAGAUUAUUGUGUCGAAAUCAAGGAGGUAGACAAAAAAGCUUGGAGAAAGAUUGGUUCUACGAAAGACUUACACAUAAAGGUGUUAGAUUUGAAGAAGGGGUCGUCCUACGAUAUCAGGAUUACGGCUAGGAAUCAUGUGGGCUACGGAAAACCAUAUCAACCAGAUGAACCGAUUGUGGCGGGCAAACGCAUAACUUCACCGUCGCCGCCCACUGAAUUCACUGUGAGUGACAUUACCAGCAAAAGCGUUACCUUGCAUUGGGGCCCGCCAGAAAGUAACGGUGGAUCUGAGAUCACAGGUUAUGUGAUUGAAAAGCAACUGAACACGACAAACAAGUGGUUCAAAGUAGCCACGCUAGAACCGACUGUAAUGAAAUAUUGCGUGGAAAACUUGAAAGAAAAAUCGGAAUAUUUCUUCAAGAUCUAUGCGGAAAAUUGCAUUGGCCUUAGUCAACCGGUCGAAACGAAAUUAGUCAGUCUGUUAACCCAUGCCACCGUACCCUCGCCGCCAACCGCUCCGCUGGAAGUUCGGAACCUGAGUACCAACGCAGUGAUCGUGGAAUGGGGUGUACCUGAAACGGACGGCGGUGCUCCGCUGUUGGGUUACAACAUAGCAAUUCGGGAUGAGAAGAAAACUAUGUGGAUGGAAGUCGGCCGGGUGGAAGCGGACGUGCAAAAGUUCAACAUCAAAGACUUACAGGAGAACCAUAGGUAUCAAAUUAGGAUACUGGCCAAAAACGAAGUGGGUGUCAGCGAACCACUGGAAACUGAAGAACCGUACACCGUACAAAAACCGACAGAUUAUUACGAGUCGGACGUUGAAGAAUCGGUAAUGGAGUCCAAACCGUCUCUGACGCAAACAUCAGAAACCACUACGUCAUGGCUCAGAGACAACAACAUGGACGCAGACAUAUCGUCUUAUUCGAACGCUGCGUUAUUGAAGAGGAGCGAAUACUUUUUCCGCAUUUGUACUCACUACGCAGAUCGACGUGUUCAAGGUGCUGCCAGCCAUCAUGCUCACCCGCGGUUGGACGAUAUACCGCACCACGACUUGGCCAUAAACUUCUAUGGUCUAAAGUUUAGACUCUACACCAGAGGUGGCCAAACCGACCCGUUUCAACAUUUUUACUAA